CUUCCUCACAUUUCGUACUCGACCGAAGUCUUUACAAGACCUACCCGUUUUUUAAUCCGAAUUAUGGCUCGUGGGCAACUCGAAGUGACCUGACUUCUGAACGUGACCGUCUUUCGCGCUGUUCCUUACGGUGCCGCGCCGCGCCCGCUUCAUUGAUAUUGGAGUGAUUGCGUGCGAUCGAACGCCUCACUCAGCGCGGAGUGCCGCGCCGCGCGUGUCCUGUGCAACGACGUGUGCUGUGCUCUGCAAGUGGAUUACCGAGCGGAUUGGAUUACCCGCUCAACGACUCGGCGCCAGACCUCUGGCGCGUCUCUCGCUGGAUUAGUUGUUCCAUGAACGACGCCGAAAAUGAAUCGCCAGCAGCAGCAGCAGAUGCAGCAAUCGCAGCAGUCGCAGCAGCAGGUGGUGCAGCAAACGUCCUACCAGACGCAGCAGCAGACACAGCAAGUGGUGCAGCAGCAGCAGAGGAUUAGCCGUGUAGAGCAACAUGUGACCCGCCAAGUGACCAGCCAGCAGCAAGUGCAAGGCAUGGUCAUGCAGUCCCCAGGCAUGCAGAUGAUCGGUGGUGGCCGGCCUGGGGAUGCUUCGCCACCAGUGUUCGAACAGAUCUUCAAGAACGCCCGCUUCGCGCAGGGCGGCAACGCUCUGUUCGAGGGUCGCGUGCGGGGCAACCCGAAACCCGUCGUCUCCUGGACCAGAAAGGGUGCACCCCUUUUCGAGUCCAACAAGUAUAAGAUGCAGUACGAGGAACAAACAGGGAAUGUUUCUCUACUCAUCAACCAAAUCGGUCCGGGAGAUGAAGGGGAGUACACGUGCUCCGCGCGCAACCAGUACGGCGAAGCGAUUUGCUCAGUGUACAUCCAGCCUGAAGGGCAACCUCAGCUGGGUGGAUACCAACGUCACAUCGAACAGUCUUACGAAUCCUCAGAACAGCGCACCUCUGGUGGCCAGACAGUACAGAGCUACCAGCAGCAGCGAACAGAAAAGACGUCAUACUCAAACGGGCACACCUUAGUUCAAGAAGAUUUCAAGGUGGACACAUUCGAAUACCGGCUGCUGAGGGAGGUGGAGUACCGCGAGUCCGUGACCAGAAGGUACUCCCACGAGACCGACGCCCGACUGUCCACUGUCGUGGAUCGGUCGCUCGGCCCUGCAGCAGCCCCUCAAAUUUCGCAGAAGCCAAGGAACUCCAAGUUGUCCGAGGGAUCUGAUGCCGUCUUCUCGGCUAAAGUUCCUGCCAACCCUAAGCCAAGGUUGACGUGGUUCAAAAAUGGAGUUAGAAUCGUUCCGUCCCAGAAAUUCCAAUCAAAUUACUCCAACCAACAAGCAACACUUAAAGUUACAAACGCACAGACUGAAGACUCCGGCCACUACACGCUCCUCGCAGAAAACCCACAAGGCUGUGUGGUGUCAUCCGCCUACCUGGCCAUCGAGCCCCAGGCGCAGGAGUCCAUCUACCAGCAACAGCGGGAGAUCAGCACCAGAUCGACCCAGCAGGAGACGCAGGUGGUCGAGUCGAGCGAGGUGGACGCGAGCAAGAUGCUGGCGCCCAACUUCGUGCGCGUGUGCAGUGACCGCGACGUGACGGAGGGCAAGAUGACGCGCUUCGACUGCCGCGUCACGGGGCGCCCGUACCCGGAGGUGGCGUGGUACAUCAACGGGCGCCAGGUGAGCGACGACGCGACUCACAAGAUCCUGGUCAACGAGUCGGGCAACCACGCGCUCAUGAUCACCAACGUGAGCCGCGCCGACGGCGGCGUCGUCACCUGCGUGGCCCGCAACAAGGCCGGCGAGACGUCCUUCCAGUGCAACCUCAGCGUCAUCGAGAAGGAGCUCGUCGUGGCGCCCAAGUUUGUGGAACGAUUCACUACAGUGACCGUCAACGAGGGCGAGCCGGUGGUGCUGAACGCACGCGCCGUCGGCACGCCCUGCCCAAGGAUUACAUGGCAGAAGGAUGGUAUCCCCAUAUCGUCCAGCCCCGACGUGCAGAUAAGUGUUGAUGGCGGUGCCUCAACACUGGACAUCCCACGAGCCAAGACCUCUGACGCGGCCUGGUACCAGUGCACGGCGCAGAACGUGGCGGGCUCCACGGCCACCCGCGCGCGCCUCUACGUCAUCGGGCCGGACCGCAGCCAGCAGACGGAGGCCCGGCGCCUGCACCUGCCGCGUCCCACCAGAGUCAUUGAACCAGAACCCGAGCCGGGCCCCGAAGUGAUCUACCUCCGGCACGUGGAGCGCGCCAAGCCCCACCUGCCGGCGGCCGAGCCGGACCGCCAGUACCCGCCGCCUCAGUUCAUCGUGCCGCUGCGCGACGUGUCGCAGAUGGAGGGCGGCCGCAUCCACUUCGAGGCCCGCAUCGAGCCCGUCGGCGACCCCACCAUGCAGGUGGAGUGGUUCCUCAACGGACGGCUGUUGGCAGCCAGUUCGCGAGCCACCACCACCUUCCGCUUCGGCUUCAUUGCCCUCGAUCUCCUCAGCAUCAUCGUCCAGGACGGAGGCGAGUACGUAUGUCGGGCAACGAGCAGCACCGGGGUGGCCGAGUCGCGGGCUCGGCUCACAGUCACUGCCCGCACGGGCAUCGAACAGACGAGCCAGCACCCGGACAGCCUCCAGCAGAUCCAGCAGCUGGAGGACUACUCCCGCUACCAGCGCACCGAGAGCGUCGAGGACGCCGCGGCCCAGCGGCCGGAAUUCAUCCGCCCACUCCAUGACCUGGGCGAGCUGCACGAGGGCCGCAACGCCCACUUCGAGGCGCAGCUCACCCCCGUCAGCGACCCCACCAUGAAGGUGGAGUGGUACAAGGAUGGUCGACCAAUCACAGCAAGUUCACGCAUCACCUCUAUCUUCAACUUCGGCUACGUCUCUCUCAACAUUUUGCACCUACGGGCUGAGGAUAGUGGUGUUUACACAGUGCGUGCGCUCAACCGCUGGGGCGAGGCUAUUAGCUCCUCGACCGUCCGGGUCAUCGCUCGUACGACUGUGACGGGUGACCUGGGAAUUCCCGAGCAACAGAGGUACAUUGAAAAAACGGAAGAAUUAGAGGCCCACCACCUGGCCCAGCAGUACAGGAAUUACCAACCCGAGCAGCAGGAGAGCUACGCUCCUCCUGAGUUCAAGACGCCCAUCAAGGACCAGCUCGGCAUUCGCGAGAACGCGUUCGCCCACUUCGAGGCCCGCCUGGAGCCCGUCGGCGACCCCACUCUGCGAGUCGAGUGGUUCAAGGAUGGCCGCCCAGUUGAAGCGAGCUCCAGGAUCACCAGCUUCUUCAACUUUGGUUACGUGGCCCUGACAAUCAAGAAUGUGACAACGUUUGACCAAGGCACCUACACAUGCCGGGCUGUCAAUCAGCUGGGCGAGGCUGUCACCUCGGCUCAGCUGACAGUGCAAGGCAGGAAUGACAUUCUCAUGGAGAGCCAGCACCCUGGGGGGCUGGAAAAGAUCCAAUACUUAGAGGACAACAGCCGCUAUGCACGCAUGCAGCAAGAGGAAAGCCAGGUUACCCAGAAGCCCAGAUUUUUGGGUCCUCUGAAGGGUACGACCAAGAUUGUUGAGGGCCAGCGUGCUCAUUUCGAGGCUCGCGUUGAGCCCAUGAGUGACGCUACAUUGAAGAUUGAAUGGUACCACAAUGGUAAAGCUAUCCAACAUGCAAACAGAAUUCAGCUGUACCAUGAUUUCGGGUAUGUAGCCCUCGACAUUCUGAGCGUGCGUGCUGAUGACAGCGGCACUUACACCGUCGUGGCCAGGAAUGCCCUGGGCGAGGCCCAACAGUCUGCCAGCAUGGUGGUCGAAACUCGCUCGGGCAUUGACACAUCCAGCAUGCACAGAGGCACCUUCGAGAAGACUCGUCAAAUGGAGGAUUCCAAGUUUGUCGAACCUCAUUACGAUAUCGAAGAAAUUUCCAAGUCGAAGCCCAUUUUUGUUCAGCCUCUUUCUGAUCCCAAGCCAGUCAGUGAAGGCAAAAACAUUCAUCUUGAAUGCCGCCUUGAGCCCAUGGGAGACCCUACGAUGCGAGUUGAAUGGUUCCAAAACGGUCGACCUGUGACAGUUGGAUCCAGGUUCCGCACCUACUAUGACUUUGGGUACGUGGCUUUGGACAUCGUCAAGACCACCGCCAUGGACUCUGGUGAGUACACCUGCAGGGCCACCAACCACCUCGGCUCUGCCCACACCUCUGCCUGCGUCAGGAUUAUCAGCCGUGCCGACAUCGUGACCGACACGAUGAAUGAGUCCUCCCUGGAGCAGAUUCAAAUGCUGGAAUCGCGCCACCAGCGCCAGGCUCAAGAAGAAAUCAUUGUGGCACAGCCUCCUCAAUUCACGAGGCCGUUGCAUAAUUUGGAGACAAUUGAGGGCACAAAUGUCCACCUGGAAUGUCGUCUCCAGCCAGUUGGUGAUCCAACCAUGCGCGUUGACUGGUUUGUCAAUGGGCGCCCAGUCCGUACUGGACACCGCUUCCGUCCUGCCUAUGACUUUGAUUACGUAGCCCUUGAUCUGCUGAGUGUAUACCCUGAAGAUUCUGGUGUUUACACUUGCCAAGCGCGCAACCAACUUGGUGAAGCAGUGACCUCCUGCUCAGUCCGUGUGAUUGCCAAGAGGGACCUGCUUCUGGAGACUCAGCACCCAGGUGGUCUGGAGAAAAUUCAGUACCUGGAGGACACCUCGCGUUACAAAAAGUCAGAAAUGGCUGAGGAAAUUGUCAAUGUUCGACCAAGAUUCAUCACCAGGCCAAAGAAUGUGGAGGGUCUUCGUGAGGGAUCACACGCUCACUUUGAGUGCAAGUUAGAGCCAGUGACUGACCCCAAUCUCAAGGUUGAGUGGUUCAAAAAUGGACGUCCUAUCACCGUUGGACACCGCUUCAGACCAAUCCAUGACUUUGGAUAUGUCGCCCUUGACAUCAUUGACCUAAUUGCUGAAGAUUCUGCCACUUACACAUGCAGAGCUGUGAAUCUGGUUGGAAGUGAUGAGACAACAUGCACACUGAGCUGCCGAGGUGGUGCUCAGAUCGUAACAACUACUGAAAAUGAGCAAGGCCUGCAGCAAAUUCAGUACCUUGAAGACCGAUCCAGAUUCCAACGCCAUGAGCAGGUGGAUGAAUCAACAACUCAGGCCCCUGUUUUCACAACUUCAUUGAAGCCAGUCAACAUCAAGGAGGGUCAGCGUGCUCACUUUGAAUGUCGCCUGAUUCCUGUCAGUGACGCGACGAUGAAAGUGGAAUGGUUCCACAACAAUCAGCCCCUGAAAUCAGGUUCACGCUUCACUGAAACCAACAACUUUGGCUUUGUUGCGCUUGAUAUUUUGUACUGCUAUCCUGAAGAUGCCGGCACGUACACUUGCCGUGCUCGCAACAUUUUGGGAGAGGCUGUCACCUCAACCACACUGGCUGUACAGUCAAGGCAAUCCAUUCAGAGAGACACCCAGCAUGAGUCAGCCCUCGGCAGAAUCAACCAGCUGGAGAGCACUCGCUACCAGCGAUCUGAUGUGCCAGACGAUGCCAUCACUCAGCCUCCCGUCUUCACUCAGCCCAUGCGUGAUGUAAGAGUUGCUGAAAAUCAGGCCGCUCACUUUGAGGCACGGCUCAUUCCUGUUGGAGAUCCCAAACUCCGAGUGGAAUGGUUGAGAAACGGUGUUCCUAUUCAGGCCUCGAAUCGUGUCACCACGAUGCAUGACUUUGGCUAUGUAGCCCUAAAUAUGAAGUAUGUGAACCCCGAAGACUCCGGCACUUACACUUGCCGUGCCAUAAAUGAGCUCGGCCAAGCAUUUACAUCUGCGGCCCUUGAUGUUGCGUCCAAGGCUUCAUUGCUGUUGGAAACGCAGCAUCACGGAGCUGUCGAAAAGAUUCAGCAACUCGAAGAUCAUACUCGUUAUGGGCGUAGAGAGGAGCAGGAUGUUGUAGUGACCCAGGCCCCACACUUCACAACUCAGCUGAAUGGACCAACGCAGCUUGUGGAAGGCCAGAGUGCCCAUUAUGAGUGUCGCAUUGAGCCAUACCCCGAUCCCAACUUGAAGGUCGAGUGGUUCCACAAUGGAAAGCCCCUGUCCACUGGACACCGCUACCGUACCACUUACGACUUUGGAUUUGCAUCCCUGGAUGUGCUCACUGUGUACGCUGAAGAUGCUGGAGAGUACACUUGCCGUGCCACCAACAACUUGGGCCAGGCUACUUCUUCCAUUAAACUGGGAGUCACCUCGCGCGCCGGCAUCAUCCGCGAGACUCAGCACGAGGGCGCCUUGCAGAAGAUCCAGCAUCUGGAGGAUGACUCUCGCUACCGCAGGAAGGUGGACGAGGAUGCAGUUGUCAUGGAGAAGCCUCAGUUCGGCCGCUCCCUCCGCAACAUCGAAAAUCUCCCCGAGGGCCAGAGUGCCCACCUGGAAGCCACCCUCACACCCGUUAACGACCCCACAAUGGUUGUUGAAUGGUUCUGCAACGGCAGGCCCAUCAAGCAGGGCCACCGAUUCAAGACCACCUACGACUUUGGCUUUGUCGCUCUGGAUGUUUUAUACGCCUACCCAGAGGACUCUGGCACUUACAUGUGCCGUGCGCGCAACGCCGUGGGCGAGGCCGUCACCACGUGCUCCGUCAAGGUCCUCGGCAAGGAGGGCCUUUGCCUCGACACUCUGGACGAGCAACGCCUGCAAAAGAUCCGAGAACUGGAAAAUUAUGCCCGGCCACAGCGUGAAGAAAUUGAGGCCGCCGUCCAGAAGCCAGUGUUCGUCACUCCACUGGCAAGUCUCCCCAAUCUGAAAGAGGGUGAACAUGCCCACCUUGAGUGCCGCGUUGAACCCAUUAAUGAUCCUAAUUUACGCAUUGAGUGGUUUGUCAAUGGAAAGCCCCUGAAGGCUGGUCACAGGUUCCGCACCACUCAUGACUUCGGGUAUGUUGCCCUCGACAUUUUGUACGCAUAUGCCGAGGACUCCGGAACAUACAUGUGCAAAGCAACUAAUCUGCAAGGAGAGGCAGUAAACACCUGUGAGAUCGGGUGUGCUUCUCGCCGCAGCAUUUACCUCGAGUCCCAGCACCCCGAUGGUCUGGAGAAGAUCCAGAUGCUCGAGGCUGCUGGCCAUCCUGCUCGUUUGGAGGUGGAGGAGCCUACCGUUACUGCUCCCCGAUUGGUCACAGAGCUUCGGGGCACAACAGAAAUCUGUGAGGGCCAAACUGCCCACUUUGAGUGCCAGGUUGAGCCCAUGCACGAUCCCAAUCUGCGCAUCGAUUUCUACCACAAUGGAAAGCCACUUCCAUCAGGCAAUCGCUUCCAUAUCACAUUUGACUUCGGCUAUGUGGCUCUGGACAUUACUCACGCAGUCGCCGAGGACGCAGGCGAGUACUCUGUGCGAGUCACCAACGCACUCGGGGAAUGCCAAUCGUCCAUCAAGUUGAAAGUCGUUUCCAAGGGCAGCAUCAUUUUGGAGUCACAGAGGCCGGAGGCUCUGGAGAAAAUCAGCAAAUUGGAGGCUGGAGCCCCCAAGAGAGCAGAGGCAGAAGAGCCUCAGACAAGACAGCGGCCUGUUUUCACCCAGCCCCUGCAAAAUAUUGACAACAUUGCUGAGGGUCAAACUGCUCACUUCGAGUGCCGCUUGAUUCCAGUUGGUGACCCCACCCUCAAAGUUGAAUGGUUCCGUAAUGAGAAGCCACUUGAAACCAGCUCUCGCAUUGCCAAGACUCACGACUUUGGCUUUGUUUCUCUGGACAUGUCUCACGUACGUGAGGAGGAUGAAGGCGUCUACAUGUGCCGCGCAACCAACGCUCUUGGUGAGGCAGUGACAACAGCCUCAAUGAAAAUCCGCAGCAAGGCCUCCAUUCAGUUGGACACGCUGCACCCAGAGGGCAUGAAGCGAGUCCAGCAGCUGGAGGAGGGUAAGGGUCCCCAGAGGCCCGAUGAGCCAGAACGGGUGUUCGAGAAGCCCAUCUUCACGCAGAUGCUUACUGGGCCCUCCGAACUGUGGGAAGGUCAGCAUGCUCACUUUGAGUGCCGUGUCGUGCCUGUGGGAGAUCCAAACCUGAGGUUUGAGUGGUUUGUGAACGGAGUUGAGCUGAAGAUGGGUUCUCGAUUCCGUGUCACGCAUGACUUUGGAUUUGUGACCUUGGACAUAAGCAAAACUAUCCCUGAAGACUCUGGGGUCUACAUGUGCAAAGCUAUCAAUCUUGCUGGAGAAGCCGUCUCCUCCACAUCCCUUAAAGUCAAAUCGAAGUCUAGCAUCGCCCGCGAUGCAUUGCAGCCUGAUGCUUGGCAGAAGAUUCAGCUCAAGGAAGCAGAGAUGAACAAAGUGCCAGAAAUGUUUGUGGACACCACUCCUCAGCAGGCACCAGUUUUCACCACUCAUCUCAACAGCCAGGACAAGCUGAUCGAAGGCCAGCAUGUGUACCUCGAGGCUCAAGUAGAACCCCGCGCAGACCCCAAUCUGCGAGUGGAAUGGUUCAAGAAUGGAGAGUCACUUACCACAGGUUCUCGAAUCCGUAGCACAUUUGAUUUUGGCCUGGUGACCCUUUCUAUUAAUGGAUUGCGAGCUGACGACUCAGCUAUUUACACCUGCAAAGCCACUAAUCUGUUAGGUGAAGCUGUUUCGACCGCAACCUUGAAAAUUGAUGAUCAACACUGGCUUAUUAACCAGCCUUUGCACCCUGAGGCAAUUCCUCGCAUUGAGCAGCUUGAAGCUCCUAAGGAAGCCCGCCCAGACGCACCUGAGCCAACCUAUGAGUUGCCAGUAUUCAUCACUCACUUGAACAAUGUGGAAUGCAAGGAGGGUGACACUGUGCACUUUGAAUGCCAUGUUGAACCUGCAAAGGAUCCAACCCUUGGCAUUGAAUGGUUUGUCAACGGCAAGCCACUCACCCAUGGUGCACGCUUUAAGUCUACUUAUGACUUUGGUUACGUCUCACUUGACAUCUCUGGAGCCUAUCCUGAGGAUUCAGGAAUUUACACCUGCAAAGCAACAAACUCCAAGGGCAGUGCUACUACCUCUGGAUCUCUUCGGUGCACAGGUAAAUCUAGUAUUUACCUGGACACUCAGCAUCCCCAAGGAAAGCAGGGUCUUGAUGCUGUUGAUGAGGUUGAAGCUGCUGUUCAAGGCAAGGCUACUCGUCAACCAGAUAAACCAGAGCCUCAAUUCCCCAAGCCUAUUUGGACUGUGCCAUUAAACCCAGAAUUCCGUCUGGGUGAAAAUGACAAAUUACAUCUUGAGGGAACCGUUGAGCCCAAGAAUGAUCCCAAUCUUAAGAUUGAAUGGUACUUCAAUGGCAAGGCUUUGGAGCAUGGAUCUCGUUUUAAGAUGACCCAGGACUUCGGAUUUGUGACAUUGGAUCUGGCUGACGUUUAUGAAAGGGACCAGGGUGUUUACACUUGCAAAGCUUUCAAUCAGGCUGGUGAGGCUUUCACUUCUACGACCAUAUAUUGUACUAGCAAAGAGAACCUCAUUGAAGGUACCCAGCACCCUAAGGGUGAGAAGGGUCUAGAGCAAAUUCAGAAUCUUGAAGAUGCUCUCACUCGCCAGCCUGGAUCUGUUCCUGAUGCUGAUGGUGGUCAACCACCUGUUUUCACAUCUCAGCUGGAAGUAUCCCCAAAAUUGACUGUUGAGUUCCAGAAUUUGAGCAAUCUAAGUGAAGGUGAUAUUGCUCACUUUGAGGCUUCCCUCACCCCUGUUGGGGACCAAACAAUGGUUGUGGAAUGGUUCUAUAACGGAAAACAACUUGAAGCUAGCCACAGAACUAGGACUGUACAUGCAUUUGGUAUGGUGGUUCUUGAAAUUUUGGGUACCAAAAUUGAAGAUUCUGGCACCUACACUUGCCGUGCAACAAACAAAUGGGGACAGGCAGAGAUUAGUGUGAACUUGGAAUGUGUUGACAAAUCCAAGGGACAGAAACCACAGUUCACUACCCAAAUUCAGAGCUUGGAUGGCUUGAAGGAGGGAGACUCUGCUCACUUUGAGUGCACAUUGAUUCCUGUCAAUGAUCCUAAUCUCAAAGUGGAAUGGUUCCACAAUGGUCAGCCUUUGCGUCAUUCUUCACGCAUCAAGUCGGUGUCAGACUUUGGCUUUGUUGUAAUGGACAUUGCCUAUGUGCAGAGCCAUGACACUGGCGAAUAUAUUUGUAAGGCCAGUAACAGAUAUGGAGAGGACACUACUCGAGCCACCAUCAAGUGCACAGGCAAGGGCGGCGUCUACUUGGACAGUCUGCAGCCUGAUGCACUCGCUCGCAUCAGGGAGUUGGAGAGCUCACAGUCCCAGCAGCCAAGCCAGUCUGCUACCCCUGCUGACCAGCCACCUAAGUUCAUAACUCAAAUCAGUGAUGUCGUGAACUUGAAGGAAGGGCAGAGUGCUCACUUUGAAGCCAGGCUCACUCCUGUCAAUGACCCCAAUCUUGUCGUGGAAUGGUACUACAAUGGUAAGAAGUUACCCCAUGGACAUCGUUACCGUACUUUCCAUGAUUUUGGCAUUGUGAUCCUGGACAUUCUCUACUGCUAUGAGGAAAACUCUGGUCUCUAUGAAUGCCGAGCAUAUAACAAAGUUGGUGAGGACAGCACUAAGGCCAAUCUAAAAUGUGUAUCUAAGGCCAACCUUAUUCUGGAAUCACAACUGCCACAGGGAAUGGAGGGAGGUUUGGAGAAGAUUCAAACCCUUGAAGAUUCAUUGGUGCGCACUAGAGAUGAGCAGGCAUCAGAGCUGAAGGGUGUUGCACCUGUCUUCACAGUUCCUCUUGCAAACAUUGACAACUUGCGUGAAGGAGAGAGUUGUCACUUCGAAGCCAGGUUGACACCUACAAAUGAUCCAAAACUGAAGGUUGAAUGGUUCUGGAAUGGCAAACCUUUGAAAACAGGUUCAAGGUUCCGUACCUUCUGUGACUUUGGUUUUGUCAUUCUUGAAAUUUCACCCGUGUAUCCUGAAGAUUCUGGAGAGUACUCUUGUCGUGCUUCCAAUGACUAUGGUGAAGCUGUUACAACAGCAACAAUGAAGAUUCAAGGAAAGCGAAGCAUCAUCAUGGAAUCUCAACUGCCUCAAGGUAUGGAGGGCACCAUUGACAAGAUUGCUGAGCUGGAGGGUCUUGGCCAGCCUCGAGGACCGACUGAGGCUGAAGAUGACACUGGCAAACCUCCUGAGUUUGUUACAAGUCCCACUGACCAGUCAUUGCCUGAGAAUUCCCUCGCCCACUUUGAGUGUCGCCUCAUUCCUGUUAAUGAUCCUUCAAUGCGAGUUGAAUGGUUCCACAACGGCAAGGCUUUGUGGGCAGGUUCUCGCAUCAAAACUAUCAACGAUUUUGGCUUUGUCAUUUUAGAAGUGGCUGGUAUUUAUGUUAGAGAUGCAGGUCUCUACACAUGCAAGGCAACAAAUAAACAUGGAGAGGCUACUGUGUCAUGCAAACUGCAAGUCCGUGGCCGACAAGGCAUCGUUUUGGAGCCCCAGCUGCCAGCACACUUUAAGACAGGAACUGAGAGUAUCCAGAAGCUGGAGGAACAACUGUACAAGAAGGAUGAAAUCAUGGCUGAUGAUGAGAAGCCUAAUCCACCCCGCUUCAUUGUUGAACUUAAGGAUCAAUCAGACCUUGAAGAAGGCCAGCCUGCUCACUUUGACUGUCGUGUGGAGCCAGCUAGUGAUCCUACUAUGCGUAUCGACUGGUUCUGGAAUGGCCGUCCUUUUGCUACUGGCUCUCGAGUUCAUCAACUCAACGACUUUGGAUUUAUUGUUCUUGAUCUGACUCACACAUAUGCUCGUGAUUCUGGAGAAUUCAUGUGCCGUGCUACCAACAAGUGGGGAACAGCUACCACCAAAGCAACUCUCCAAUGCAGACCCAGGAAGAUGAUUGACUUCGAUUCACAGCUUCCCCAGGGCAUGAGUGGAGAAAAGCUGAAGGCCCUUGAGAGAGGACCUCUCCCCACUGCUGCUGCUCCAGAAGAGCCAGAAGCCCAGCCACCCAAGUUCAUCACUCAGAUUGAAUCAGCUAUCGUGGAAGAAAGUGAAUCUGUCCACUUUGAGUGCCGUGUUGAACCAAAGAAUGAUCCAAAACUGCGAAUUGAGUGGUACCGCAAAGGAAAACCACUGCCAUCUGGUCACCGUUACCGCAGCACAUAUGACAUGGGCUUUGUUUCUCUUGACAUCCUGAAUGUUUACAAUGAGGAUGAAGGAGAGUAUGUCUGCCGUGCAGUAAAUGAUGUUGGUGAAGAUUUCACCAAGGCCACUAUUUCUUGCAAGAAGCUCCCCACCAUUGUCCUCCACAACCAAGUACCUAAGGGAAUGUUGAAAUCAGAACAACUAAUGCAAAUGGAGGCUGCUAUUAAGAAGUAUACAUCUGAAAUCCAUCUUACUGAGGAUGAUCUUUUCGACCCAGAGCGCAAGCAGCCACCACGCUUUGUCACACAAAUUCAGACCCAAUUGGACUUGGUUGAAAUGCAGAACACCAAGUUUGAAUGUCAACUUGCACCUGUUGGUGAUCCUCACAUGAAAGUGGAAUGGUUCUUUAAUGGAAAACCAUUGCCAUACAAAAAUCGCUUCACACCUAUCUAUGAUUUUGGCUAUGUGGCUAUGAACUUCGGGUGGGUCUACCCUGAGGACAGUGGUGAAUAUCUUUGCCGUGCCACCAAUCUUUAUGGCAUGGAUGAAACUCGUGCUGUAAUCAAAACAGCUGGCAAGCCAGGUAUUAUUUAUGAAUCUCAACUUCCUAAGGGAAUGAAGAGUAUUGAACGUAUCCGAGAAAUGGAAGCAGCUUGGCAAGUUGUGCCUGAGUCACUGGAAGAGGAAGACAAAGCUCGUGCGGCUCCCAUCUUCGUGACCAAGCCAGACCCCUUCACUGUUGAGGAGGGUGAAUGCGCGCGAUUCUGCUGCCGCGUCACGGGCCAUCCAAGGCCCAGAGUAAUGUGGCUGGUCAAUGGCCACACUGUUGUCAAUGGCUCACGCUACAAGCUCACCUACGACGGCAUGUGGCACCUGGACAUCCCCAAGACCCGGCAGUACGACAACGGCACCGUGGAGGUCAUCGCGAGGAACUCUGUCGGUGAGGCGCGGGUGUCGACCGAGCUGGUGGUGAAGCCCCGUGGUGACGAUUACCGCAGUGUGCUCAAGAACUCACCUCGCCCCUGGUAUGAUGCCGACCUUGAGCAGUACCAGAAGGAGCGCCAGGACACAGAGCUGGAGUCUUUCUUCCAGGAGAGACAGGCACAGAAAGCUCAACAGGGUGACAUUCACUUUGAGCCUAGACACAAACAGGCGAGCAAGGAGCCUGAGCUUGAGUGGCAGCGCACAGCCAAAGAAAAACGUGGUGAUGAUUACUACAGCAAACUUCAAAAGCUUGAAGAAGAACAAAUGCUGAAGGAAUCUCACCUCCGUGAAAAAUCCCACCAGUUUGCUAUUCCUGGAGAAAAAGUGGUCUCCAAAUCUCUGUCCAAGGGCAUGGCCCAGAGCUAUGAAACCAAUUUGGCGGAGAAGCCAAAGGAAGAAAAACCUGAUUGGGUGAAGCAAGCCAAAUUAAAGCAGAAGUCUUCUGCUCAAACAAUAGAAGAUCGACAGCUGGAACAGAAUGCAACCAAGCCUGUGCUGCCGUCUUGGGUUCAACAAGCCAAGGCCAAGCACAAGGCCACUAUGCAACAGCUUGAGCAGCAACAACAGCAGCAACAACAGCAGCAACAGCAGCAGAAGACUGAACAGCAGACUGAACAGCAGACUGUUCAGCAGACUCAAGAGCAAACUCAGAAGCAAACGCAACAGCAGAAAGUAGUUCAGAAGAAGGGUGUGCCCGCUGAAGGAGAAUCUAGUGUACAUGGACGAGAAGUUCAUGUCGCAAAACAGAAGCAGACCCAGAAAGAGGUUGUCGGAGACACUGAAAUCACCAGGAAAAUAACUGCUACUGAGACCACAGAGGUGGAGCACAAGGGCAAGACACAUGAGCGAGUCGUCCAAGGCCAAGUGAAACCAGCCAAGCCUCCAGUUUUUACCAAGAAAAUCCAGCCUUGCAGAGCGUUCGAGCAAGAGCAGGCUCGGUUCGAGGUGGAGUUUGACGGGGACCCGAUUCCCACCGUUCAGUGGUUCCGCGAGAACUACCCUAUCCAGAGCUCUCCCGACUUCCAGAUCAACACCUUCGGGACGAAGUCCAUCCUCACUGUCAGACAGGUGUUCAUGGAGGACUCCGGCGUGUUCGCCGUGGUCGCGGAGAACCGCGGUGGCAAGGCCAAGUGCAGCGCCAACCUGGUGGUGGAGGAGCGUCGUCGGCCGGGCCGUGGAGGCGUCGUGCCGCCCAGCUUCCUGUCGACCGUGCAGGACGUGACCGUCAAGGCCGGCAGCCUGGCCCGCUUCGACGCGCGCAUCGCCGGCACCAAGCCGCUCGACGUGCACUGGCUCAAGAACGGCUCCAAGGUCGUUCCCGACAUCCGCUUCAAGACCGUGGAGGAGGACAACCAGCACACGCUGCUGAUCCUCGAGGCCACCCCGCAGGACAGCGGCCGCUACGAGUGCGUGGCCAUCAACAGCGGCGGCGAGGCGCGGUGCGACGCCGAGUGCUUGGUGCAGCCGCCUGGCAAGGCCCCCGGCAAGGCCCCCACCAAGCCGGGCAAGGCCCCCGAGCAGAGCGGCAAGCCCACCCUGGCCGAGCCCCUGUCUGACCAGACGGUGCGAGAAGGCCAGCCCGUUGAGUUCCGCUGCAAGAUCACGGGACUGUCCGCUGGAGAAGUCCCUGAUCACAAUUGGUUCAAGGGAAAUAAAAUCAUCAAGCCGUCCAGGUACUUCCAAAUGAGUCUAAACAGCGCUGGAGUUUACACAUUGAAAAUAUCGGAAGCCUUCCCCGAAGACGAGGGCGAGUACAAAUGUGAAGUGAAGACACCGGCCGGAUCGGUGUCGACUUCAGCGAAGCUGCGCGUGCAAGCGCCUGAAACUCAAGAGGUCGCUCCUAAACUCACUCCAAUGAAGGAUGUCAUUGUGCCAGAGGGAAGUCCAGCUCAAUUCAAAACUCAAGUGACAGGAAAACCUCAGCCAACGGUUCAAUGGUAUCGUGAAGGAGCCCUGAUUCCACAGUCUGCUGACUUCCAGAUGAUUCACGAAGGCAACUAUGCUGUGCUCCUAAUAUCAACAACUUAUGAGGAAGACUCGGGCAAAUUUACUUGUCGCGCUACUAAUGCUGCGGGGCAGACGGAGACAUCAGCUAAGCUGCUCGUCAAAAAGCGGCUGGGUGCUGUUCACGGGGUUCCCGUCCAAGACCAGCAAGGUUCUGGGGCCCCAUUCACCAAGGGGGCCCCGGGGAGCUCUCAGCAGGGCUUUGGGGUGCCCGGAGCUACUGACGGCGUGGGUGGCUGGCAGGCACCGUCGCAGACACCACAGCAGGGACCGGGGCAGGGCGUACAACAGGCUGCCUACCCAGGCUGGAUGCAACAGCCGUUCAUGAUUUCUCAACAGGGCUUCCCUGUCAGGAUGCCUCAGCAAGGCUUCGUUGCACCGCAGCAGCGCUUCAUGAUUCCUCAGCAGUUUGGCACUCAGCCCUUCGCAUCGCCACUUCACCAGACCGAUGGCGUGGACUUGCAGGGUCCUCAGGUGGCCUACGCGAGAACGUUUGUUCCGCACAAGAACUUGCCUCGACCUGGAUUUGCAACCCCUCAGCAGAGACCUGGCUUCUUCGGCCUGCAGGCGAUGCCUCAAGCCGGUUUCUUGGGUCCAGCUGAGAACCUGCAGCAAGGCCAGAUCCCUCAGCCUGGAUUCAUGCAGCCCCACCCUGGCACUCAGCCAGGAUUGGCACCUCAGUCUGGGUUCGUGCAGCCCCAUUCCCCUCAGCAGGCGGCAAUCUUUCAGCCUGGUUUGACACGGCCCAGUGAGUUCCAUCCUAAAUCUGGGGCUCCUGUGCCGUACCAAGCGGAGCUGCAGCCAGUGGCCCAGCAGUCUCUGGCACCUGUGCAUCCCUCGGAUACGGAUAAAAGUCUUUUGUCUCCUGGCCCAGAAGCACUGCCCUGGCGUAGGCCCCGUUCGUCCAGCGUCCAGGCCCCCCGAAAGCCUCCGUCUCCCUGGGCCCCUGCUAGCCGGGACAGGUCCUUGGACAGCCAGAACAAGGCAGAGGAGGAAGCGCAGCCGUGGACCAAGCAGAACGUCAAGCUGAAGAAAGCUCCCCGCCCCAAGAAAACGUUUGAGAAGGAACAGCCGCAACAGGUAGAGCUUAAACCAUCUAAGAUCGAAAAGAGGCCGAUUCCGAGAGAGAAACUGGAAGAGGUGGAGCUCAAGCCGGGCCAGCGCAUUCCUAAGGACGUUGUUGAGCAAGAGGGCGCAGCUCUUAAACCACUCAAGCACUUCCCCAAGGAUGUUCCUGAACAGGGCGGAGUUACUCUAAAACCAGUCCAACGGACACCAAAGGAUGUGCCUGAAAGCAACGGGGUAGCUCUGAAGCCCGUUCCGAGGCGUGAACAGGAAGUCCCGGAAUCAGAAGAAAUUAAGCAUAAACCCACCAAGCGGCAGUCUCGACCACGAACCCGCCCGGGCGAGGGUCCUAAAUCACCUCAGCCAGCUCAAUCGAUUGAAGAGCGUCCAUCUUACAAGCCCGCAGAUGAUGACGAUAUUUCGUUAGACCGAUCGCUAGACAGGUCUCUUGACGGUUCAUUGGAUAGGUCGAUUGAUGAAUCACUUGACGAAGACUUUUGGAAACCAAAGGUUUGCCCGUGGAGUAACGAACCAGUUGUUUUAAAGAAGACCCAGCGGAAACGUAAGGUAUAUAAGAAAGAGUCUUUAGAAGAAGUCCACCUAAAACCUGCAAAAAUUGAGGUCAGGCGGCUGUCUAAGUCAGAACUAGAACACGUUGACUUAAAGCCUGUUCCUCAAGAACAAAUGGGCAUUCUAUCUUGGACUGAAGAGGAGGAGGCUUCCAUGCUUAAGAUUGACCGUGAAGAAAUUGAGCAGUACAAGCAAAGGCCGCGUUCGCGAUCAAGGGACGUGUUAUCGGAGACUUCUGAAGCGUCGGAUCUGAGAUCUCUUAGUGAGGCAGUACCGUGGUCUCAUGACUCUCUGCAGCUAAAGAAGGCGCCGAGAGAGCGUAAGAAAGAAUUUCCAAAGGAGACAUUGGAAGAGGUUUACCUAAAACCAGCAGUUAUUGAGAAGAAAGAAAUUCCUCACUCUGAGUUAGAGCAUGUUGAUUUGCACCACGUCGAGAAAGAGGGAAUAGUUUCAUGGGCGGAAGAAGACGACUCUUCAAUGCUUAAGCUUGACCGGGAAGAACUGGAGAUGUACAAACGAAGGCCACGUUCCCGGUCACGAGAUUUGUUGGACGAGUCUGAAGCAGAUGACACAAGCAUGUCUAUUGAUUUAUCUUUGGAAGAUAUCUUGGACAACAGAAGAGGCCCAGUACCUUGGACCGAGGAACCAAUACAAUUAAAAAAGACGCCUAGAGAAACAAAAGACGUUCCGAAAGAGACUCUUGAACAAGUGCAACUGAAGCCGGCCAAAAUUGAAAGGAAGUUGAUCCCAAAGGAGGAAUUGGAACACAUUGACCUCAAGCCCGGUCAGAAGCUUGUAAAGGAAGUACCAAAGCCCGAGCAAAUUCAACUUAAGCCGAUUCCUAGGAAAAAGAGAGACGACGACAAACCCGAAACUGGAGUUGAGAAAUUCGCUGAAACAGACGAUACAUCUCUCUUAAAAUUGGAUCGCCAAGUUGAAACCGCUGAAACAAGGAAAGACCGACCAGAUUUUUUGCAGAUGCUUGCAGAAGACUCCGACAAGGCUGAUGUUCCAUUCUUCUGGAAAAGAGGCGGGCCUGCUCCGGAAGUUGUUCAAAUUCGAAACGUCCGCAGUGAAGAAUCCGCCGCUAAGGAGUUGGAACGCUCUGUCCUGCGUUUCAAAGAAGAACAAGAGAGAGAGAAGUUUUCGGAGAUGGAAGACGCAGCAAGACUCGAGGUUGAACGGUCAGUCGAAGAAGAACGAAAACGUGCUGGCCGCUCUCGCCCAGUGCCAUUGGAAGAACCAAAAGCUGAAGCAGUUCCAUGGACGCAAGAGGCAGUCCGCUUGAAACAAACACCACGAGAAAAGAAGGAAAUUCCUAAAGAAACAUUGGAAGAAGUUGACCUUAAACCAACAAAAAUAGGUUCCCGGAAAAUACCUAAAGAGACACUUGAAUCAGUGCAGCUGAAACCGACACCAAAAGAUACCCGUGAGUCUGAGAAACCAGUUCCCAUCUCACUGAAAUCUAUUCCCAGACCUGAACGGCCAAAGGUGACUGAUGACUCACUUGCUAGUUACGUUGAAACUGACGAUAGCAACCUUCUCAACCUUCGAAGACAAGAAGAAGUGAGCAAGAAAACUGAAAAGUCACAGGAAGUUGCGGUCAUGUGGGAGAGGGGGAAGAAAAAACAGACAGUAGAGAAAGUAAGUGAAGAAGAGGACACCAACUUUCUUGCCAUUAAUAAAUCAGAAACAAUAAUAGAGAAGAAAGAGGAAUCAGCAGUAAUGUGGCGCAGGGGUGAGAAACAGGCGAUAGAAAAGGUGGUUGAGACUGAAGAUACUUCUCUCCUAGCACUGCACCAAAGGGAGACAACUCAGGAAAAGAAGCUCGAAGACGCUGUAAUGUGGGAAAGGGGUAAGAAAAAACAAAUAACUCAAGAAACUGAAGACACUUCUAUCCUCAAAGUAAGUCACAAAAACGACGAAAAAGAUGAAACGAGGCAGCCAUAUGAAGAGGUGGAAGAUGUAUCUCAUCUAGACGUUCAAAAGAUGGAAGAAAAGAAGGUAGCCAGAAAACCUGUUCGACAAGAUGAGAAGCCAAAUGAAGCAGUACCUUGGACACAACAAGCCAUUCAGUUGAAAAAGACAACACGUGAAAGGAAAGAAAUUCCAAAGGAAACUUUAGAAACGGUUGACUUAAAACCUUCUAAGCCAAUAAAACGCGAUAUCACUAAAGAAGAGCUCGAACACGUGGACCUUGCACCGAUAGAAAGGAAACCUGCUGAACAUAAGAGACCUGAAACAACUGAUUUGAAACCGCUAAAAAUAAAUGAAGCAACCGCAGAAGUAGUCGAAGAAAAAACAUUUGUUCGACGUGACAAGGUUACAUCAACGGACACGGCUCUGCCCUACUCAGAGGUUGAGGAUUCAUCACUUUUAAAAGUAGAUAAAGAUCAAGAUACUUUACUAAACCAAAAGAUAGCUGAGGAAACUCCAGUAAUGUGGCGUAGAGGAAAAAAGCAACCGAAAGAAGAAAUACCAACGGAUGUCCAAAAAAUAAGAGACGUGGAGGACACGUCACUUUUGAAAUUGGAAAAAGGUGAAGAAAGCACUCCAAAGCCAGUUGAAGCCGCAGAAGCUCCUGUCAUGUGGGAACGAGGCAAGAAAAAGCCGAAAGCGCAGCAAAUAAGUGAAGUCGAAGAUUCUUCUAAGCUGCUGUUAGACAAAACCAAAGAUGUUUCUGAGAAGAAAGAGAGUCCUGUGGAAACGCCUGUUAUGUGGCAAAGAGGGAAAAAGCCUAUCAAAGCUCCAGAGGAUGUUCAGAAAAUUGGUGAGGUGGAGGAUUCAGCAUUCCUUGAUGUUUCUAGAUCCGUCCAAGAAGACAUUCUACCGUCGGAAACACCAGUUAUGUGGAAGCGGGGGAGGAAAACAGGCAAAGUUGAAGAAGACGUUCAGAAAAUUAAGGAGGUUGAAGAUGCAGCCAUUCUUGAUGUUUCUGAAUCUGUUGUAGAGGAGACACAGCCGACAGAAGCUUCAGUGAUGUGGAAACGGGGAAAAAAGACACCAAAACCAGAAGUUGGACCCGUAGAGGAACCAAAGGACAUGCCGUGGACACAAGGAAUUCAGCUUAAGCGAACACCUAAACAAAGAAAGGAGGUGCCCAAAGAAAGUCUGGAAGAAGUUCUUUUAAAGCCGGUAAAAAGGCCUUCCCUGAAACCCGAAGACCAGGGUUUAGUUGAAUUAGUCUCAGUCGAGCAGCCUCAAGUGCUUCCGGAAGAAAAACCUGUGGAAGACAUUGAAGCACCCAGCAACGAACUGGAGAAAAAUUUAGAAAAGACCAAACAUAAAAAAGAACCUUUUGAAACGGCAGACUUGCCAUGGACACAAGAAGCCGUAAAGCUAAAGCGAACCCCAAAGCAGAGGGUAGACAAACCUAAAGAAUCCAUUGAAAAUGUAGAACUGAAACCAUUUAAGAAAAUUGCUUCUGAAGUUCCCGAGCUAAUCGAUGAAAGUGCUAAAAUAGAACCCCUCCCCAAGAAGACGAUUGCGGAAAACGUUCAGCAGCCUGAAGUCAAAAUCGCAGAAAACUUUCCAUGGAAAAGAACGCCUAAGCAAAAGCCAAGCGAUCAACAUCCAGACGAAAUUGAAAUAAAACGAGCUCCCCGAAGACCAAAACCGGACGAAGAGGAAAAGCCCGAAAUUUCACUCAAGCCAAUUAAACAACGGCCAAAAGAGCCAGAAGAAAAGCCAGAUAUUAAGCUGAAACCUUGGAAACGUAGCCCGAAAGAGACGCCAGCCAACGACGAAAAAGAUCUAAUGCCCAAACCGAAGCCAUUUGAUGAAGCACCGCAUGUUGAGCAAGUCAGGUUGAAGCCCGUGCCCAAGCAAAAGCCCUCAGAGGAAGAAACGGAAACGUUUGAGGGACCUUCCGUUGAACAACCUGUGCCAAAGGAAGACAUCCAGCCUCGCGAAGAAGAAAUGCCAGUUCCCUGGAAACGUGGAAAAUUGCAGAGGGACGAGGGUGCACCUCUAGAACAAGUUCAGCUAAAGCGCACCCCUAGACCAAAGCCAAAAUAUGAGGAAGAAAAAGAAGUUGUACAGCUUAAACCAGUCCGUCGCGAUCGCCCUGAGCAGCAGGAAAAAGAUGACGUUCAAUUAAAACCUGUCAGAAAAACUGUCGCUAUAGAGCCCGAGGAAGAUGUCAGCUUAAAACCCAUUGACGAAAGCCAUUUACUUCCAGCUUCAACCACAAGGGAGCUGGAACCUUCAAUGUCAGUGGAAGCACCAAAAGCCGUUCUCGAAACACCGGCCGUCAAGGUGAAGCCGGUAAAGCGGGUCACUAUAAAGGAACCAGCUGAAGAAAUUCGCGAAAUUGAGUUUAAGCCAGACGACAUCCCCGACAGUCAUUCAGUUGUUGAAGAAAUAGCAGAUGUCGCCCAGCCCGUGCCAUGGAAGAGAGGAAAGAAGCCUGAGAGGAAGUUAGAUGAAACUGAAGCGGUGACGCUGAAGCCUGUUCCCCGCAGACCAAAAGAUGAAGAAAUUCAGCCUGAAAUCCCUGAAGCAGUUUUGGCUCCGGUUGAGCCAGCUCCUAUUGGCGAAGAGCGGCCUAAGUCGUGGCAAAGAGGCAGGAAACCAAAACGCGACAUACCCUUAGAAGACGUCACACAGCCAGAGGAGGUUGUCUUGAAGCCUGUAAAACGAGAGCGUAAAACGGAAACCAAUGAGAUCGAGGAAAUAAAACUAAAAGCUACCAAAAGCGUGCAACCAGAAGACACAGCAAAAGAAGAUGCUGCUGUAACGCAUGUUGACGAUGUCCCAUCUGUUGUAUUUAAGCCGGAAGUUCAAUUGAAGACGAAGAAGUAUAAGGAAAAGCCACAGGUUUCAAAAGAACACAUUUCUGAACAGCCUUUGCUAAACGAAGAGCAGACAGAUGAAGCUCCUGCAAAUGUGACUGAGCCAGAAAAAGUGGAGCUGAUAAAGGUUAAAGCUUCAAAGCCAACCAAGCCCGACCAAGACGAGCAACCAAAAGAGGAAUCAAAGCCGUUAUGGCGGCGCAAACGAAUUCGUAUCCCAAAGCCCGUGCCAGGCCGUCCCGAUGACGAAGAAGACGAAGAAAAGCCAGACCUUGUCCCGACACAAGUCGCUGAAGUAAAGGUGGAGCAAGAACAACAGGAGAGUCGAUCGCAAACAGUCGUUACCCUGUCCAAGCGUGAAACGGUUCAAGCCAAAACAAGAACCCAACCCAAAGAAGAGGGACCCGAGCUCGAAGAGCAGCCAAUUUGGCAAAAACAGAUGACCGUUGAGACGCAGUCACGAAAAGUGACUCGCCGAGCUGGCCAAUUCAUUCAAGAAGACACCCCUCUACGUGACUUGGAAAUCGUAACAGCACGGCGAGGGGUUGAAAAGCUGCCCGAAGAGCCAGUUCUAGAAGAAGAAACUCGUGAGGACAAAACAACUGUGCGUCGUUCAAUUGUUCAGCGCUCCACAGCGGAAAUCCUUGGUCCUCAAAAAACAAAACCACCUAAAUUCACAAAACGCCUUGAACCUGUGGCUACAGAGCCAGAAAACCCAGUCAAAUUUGUGUGCCAGGUCGAAGGCGUGCCGUUUCCAGAGCUGACUUGGCUGUACAAUGGAGUGGAGCUCCGCGCGUCCGAAUACGUGGCGAUGACAGUGGUAGAACGUACUGUUACUCUGGAAAUUUCCAAGACAUUGCCGCAACAUGUUGGAGUGUAUUCUUGCAAGGCAUCCAAUCCUGCCGGAGUAGCCAUGUCGACUGCAAACCUAGUUAUUUUAGAAAAAGAAGAGACAGGCGUCGCUCCGCAGUUCACUCAACCGCUUAAGCCACAAAUGGUAAAGCCGAACGAAACGGCGACUCUUCGUUGUCUCGUGCGAGGAGAGCCCACCCCUUUAGUGCGCUGGUACCAAGGAGACCAGGAAGUGAAGCCAGACUCAACGCGGCGCCUUAGUUUCGACCAGAAGACUGGCACGGCCACAAUGACCCUGCUUGAGCCGACACCCGAGGAUGAGACGAUAUACAGGGUGGUAGCCACCAACAAGUUUGGCCGCGCUGAGUGUCGCGCUAACCUCAUUCUCGGAGAACAGGUGGCUGUUACCAAGCCUGAGGUGAUGCACGCUCCUCGGAUCACGGAACCUCUGAAGGCCAUCCUAGCGGUUAAGGGGACACCUGUGGUCCUUACGGCUGACUUUCAAGGCAGCCCGCAGCCCGAAGUUCGCUGGUAUCGCAAUGGCAAGGAGAUUGUGCCAGGAAUGGACAAGGACAAGGAAAUUGUAACAGAGCCGGGCCGUACUGAGUUGCACAUACCGUCAAUCACAAAGCAGCACAGCGGAAAGUAUGAAGUCCGCGCUAUGAAUCCAGCUGGAGAGGCUCGCACAUCAGGCUCUGUCGCUAUCCGAGAGAGGGACGACAACGACAUGAAGGACGUGCGUGCGCCCCGCUUUAUUGAACCGUUGGAACCUCAAAUUGUGGCCGAGGGAGAGUGUGUCAUUCUGGAAGCGCGAGUGGACUCGUACCCUACCUGUUCUUUCCAGUGGUUCCUGCACUCCGUACCGGUCAAGUCUUCGCCAGAACUCCGGAUAGUAACUGAAGACAAUCGGUCAGUUUUGGUGGUCCGCGAAGUUCUCCCCGAGCACUCCGGUGACUACACGUGUCGUGCGGAGAAUGCUGUUGGCUCUGUCACGUCCACCGCCACCUUAAGCGUUCUGCCAGAAACAGAUUGGGAGGGUACAACGGAGCUGGAGAUGGUGUCUCCGCAGUUUGUCCAGCCCACGACAAGUUUGAAAGUGAUGGACGGAGAAAAAGUUACGUUCACCUGUCAAGUCGUCGGCAAACCGACUCCACGGAUUACUUGGCGCCACAACGGACAACCAAUCAAGGAGGCCAAGGAUGUCGUCAUCUACCAAGACCAGGGGGGUUUGUGCAAACUUGCAAUAUCUGAAGUGUUCCCGGAGGACGCGGGGCUGUAUUCAUGUGAAGCUUUCAAUACUGUGGGUGAAGCUAUUUGCACUGCUUCACUUGUUGUGGAAGCUUACGAAUAUGUACCUGACUCGGAAAUAGCCUCUGUUGCGGUUGACUUGAAUUUAGCUACGGCGGAGGAAGACUUACUUGAUAAGGAAAGUCUGUCAUCACUCGAGGAUCAAGAGCUGCAGGCGCCUCACUUUGUCACCCCUCUUGUACAAGCGACACCAAGCCGGGAAGGAGAGCUGGUUCGUCUGGAAGUAAAAGCUGUUGGCAAUCCUAAACCAACUGUGCGUUGGUACAAACAAGGCAUCGAAAUUCAGCCCAACAAGGACUUCCAGGUUGAGAACUUUGAAGAUGGCACGUCCGUCUUGACUAUUAUGGAGAUUUUCCCUGAUGAUGUUGGAGAAAUUUCUUGUGAGGUUCAAAAUGAGCUGGGAGUUGACCAAACUACCACUGAAUUGCAGGUGCACAGUAUUCUGGGGACCAAGGAAUACCGGAAGCCAGAGUGGGUAACCCAAAUGGAAGAGUUGAAGGAUGCCCUUAAAGCUGUUCAAGCGGUACCUAGCAUAGAAGUGGAACUUCGUGACACUUAUGUGGAGGAGCUGGAUACUGUUGUUUUUGAGUGUGUCUAUUCUGGAACACCCAAACCAGACAUCAUUUGGUAUCAUGACGAUCAGAUCGUGCGAAAUACUGAAAAGGUAAAAAUUACAAUUGAAGAGAGUAAAACUACAUGUACAGUCAAAUAUACCAACCCCGAAGAUGCCGGAAUAUAUGUAUGUAAGGCAACAAGCGAUAUUGGAAUGGCGAUAACAAAGGCGAAGUUGAGUGUUACUGAACUCGACGAAGAUAGAAAGGCUGACAAAAUGAUACAAAUGGCACAAGAGGAAGAAGAAAAAGUUAAGAUGGAACAGGUAAAACUUGAAAAGAAGCGCGAAAAAAAGAAACGAAGGCCGCGUUGGGGCUUAACAGAUGAAAGGGAUCAUGUUUCUGUUGAUGAAGUACAAGUAUUGGAGUCAACGGAUCACUUCGUCGAAAAUGUUGAUUCGGCCACUGCUCAUCGAAGACAGUCGAUUCAGGACUCUGUAGCUAUUUCCGCAGUUGCUUCCUGCAAGAAAGUAGAUGAACCAAAGUCGUCAGAGAAACCCAAAGACAGAGCUCAACCUGUGUUGUCUGAAAGGGAAGGCGUUUCUGUUAGCGAAGCAAUUCCAGAUCAUGCCGCAAGUGAUCUGAUUGCAGCAAAAAAACCCAAACUUCGCAAGGCAAAACUGUCAGAGUCAGAACGAUUAGAAGAAGUUAAAGUUACCGUGGUAAAGGUUCAAGAAAUUAUAAAGACGCAGAAGACGAAAAUUGCCAAGGAAGUUGAGGAUAUAAUGGAGCUUAUGAACGCCCGUGAAUUUGGUCCAGGUGAACUGCCCCUUCGCGAACUCGCUCAAAUUGGGUUCCUUGUCCGGCAUGGCGUGUCUGUUCGUGAAAUUGAGUCCGUAUAUCACGAAACUGACCAAUUCCCCGCCCUACGAACGCCGGCUGCGCAGUCAGCCCUCGUGUCACUAGUUGAACGAGAGGGACACAGCACUUUGAUAUCACAAGUACUUACGGAGGAAACCACGGCAGACGAAACCACUGUUGCAAAAACUGUCGGUUUUAGAGCCUUUAUGCGGAUGAUAGAGCUAUGCCACGUGACCGUCGAAGAAGUGCUGACCCAUUUUAGCCCUCAAGAUUUCCAGAUGCCUGUAUGGGCAACAACAGAAGCGUCAGAGGUGGAGAUCAAGCAGCUCAGUACGGUUAGGGUUACGCAACGGACUAAAGUUCUUACUGAUCAAAAAGAAAUUGUCAAGAAGCGGACAUCGCGUCGCGAGGACGAGAUAGAAGAAACCCUUGAAGAGACCGAAGUAAAGAAACGCAGCGAACUCGUCACACAAGGACACACGUCACCGGUUAGAGACGAGGGUCCUACAAUAUCAGAGAUCCAAGAAGAUGUCCCUGAUGAAUCCGGUGAAACAGACACGGCAAUUGUGACUCUAGCAGAUGAUAUAAAGUCACCUGCCACGUUUGAAAUGCCUGAUAGUGGCGUCGUUACCAAAACUCAAAAAGAAGUAAAGGCCUCAAGAAUGAAAAAGAGCGUAUCAAAAUCUACUCGCAGAGCUACUGAGGAACAAGAAGAAGAGGUACAAAUAGAAGUUGAAGUAGUAGGAGGGGGCAAGAAAGUAAUCAAGAAAACUCUCCGUGCUCAGCUGCCGGAUGAAACAGAUGAAUACAUUGAAGAAGAUUUUAUCGGCGAUAUGAAAGGUGUCGAAAAAGCCGAAAUAAUAGGACUGCCUGUUUUUUCUCCAUCCAGUGUCAUUCAAACAACACCGAGUGAGAUGCCUACUCAAUUGUUGACUGGCAAGGACGUACCGAAGGACAACGCUAAAGUCACUAUACUAACUCACACAUCGUUGAAAGAAGAAGAAAUCCAACCACAUGAACAAGAGAUAAACAAGGUUAGUUCUUCAACAAAAUCGGCCUCCGCAGUUUCAACACAGGAUUUAAUUGAACCAGUUUCAGUUAUACAACCCCACGUCGAAACAAUCUCAGUUGAAUUUGGUGGUUUGUUCAAGCCCCAGUCGUUUGAAGCAAACCAAUCUCUUGUACAAAAUGAAGGGAUUGUAGUGAGUGAAACCCGUGUAGACCAAUCUGCUAUCGAUACAGAAAAAAUUCUUAUGCAACGGUUACAGGCAAAUGUUUCAAUUAUUACAAAAGAAGCAACCUGCAUAACAGAAACAGAAAUUUCUGACAAGGAAAAUAAAUUUGUCUCGGACAAAGAACCCUUAAGGCUACACGCUGAAAAGUCGAUUGACGCACAUGAAACCUAUUCGGUACUGGAGGUGGAAGAAGGUUUACGAGAAGAAAACUUAGACAUUUCUUCGAAGCCUCAGGGCGUUAAACCAAAACUUAACAUAUCACCUAAAGAGUCAGUCCAAGUGAGCGAAGUAUUUUCAGAAACAAAACCCAGCAAGUAUGUUCCCGAAUUGAUCGUUGCGACGGAAACGGCCACUGAGUCGGUUCUCACAAGACUAUCACUGACAACAAGUGAAAUGCAAGCACCUGAGGCUGAAGGCCAGUUUGUUCCUGGCCGGAUCCCUCCAUCGCAACAAGCUCUUCAAGGAAUAAGACCGGUAGAAGCGGCGAUAACGUCUUCGCAAUCAGUUCAAGAAAAAGAAGGUGACCUGUCAGCAUUACGACAACCAGAAGAAUCCCAGGCAUCGGAGGAUUUUACUACUCAAGAAGGUGUUGUUAUCAGCUUAACGCAGGCACAAGACAGUGAGAAGCCGUUUGACACAGAGAGUCCAGAAACAAAGAUAGGCGAAGUAGGCGUUCUGCAGCAACUGUCCAUCAUGUCUACGCUGACAACAUCAAUAGAAAAAGAAGGUUUGUUAUCUCCCCAAGAUUCUCCCAGUGCUCGGACUGCUGUCACGUCAAUUAAUUGUUUAGAAGCGUCAGGAACUACAAGUCCAGUUAAGCUUGAAUUUGAGAGUGAAUUCAUUCCAAAGAAAACUCCUAGUGGAGCCAUAGCUGACAGGACGAUACGAGAAGAAGAAUCUGUUGGAGUAACUGAGAUUCAAACAAGUGACGCUCCGUCUGAUUUCACAGGCGAGCUCAGGUACAAGACAGACGAAGCUGUCCGUUGCAUCGAAUUUUCUGAAGCCACUGAGGUGACUGAAACUCUUUUGCAAGAUAAAGAAGCUCCUAUGAAAAUAAAAGACGAACCAUCUCCGUGUACAGUUGGUACCGGAUAUAGAACUCAGUUUAGUGUUUCGGUCCUUGAGACACAAAGCGGUGAAAAAGAGGAAAUGUUAAAUGUGUAUGAACUACCAGACUCUCAUAAGGGUAAGUUAGCGCCAACGCAUCCCGCUGUUGCCCUCCAAAUUGAAGAAGUGUGUCCUGAUGGUAACUUAAGUGACAUAAAGAAAGACCUUCCAACGGUUGAAAAGGCAAUGACCGAUCAAGAAACCUUAGUUGAGACUGUUGUUCAAGAAGCCGUGGUUGCAGAGGGUCUCGCCAUUCAUAAAACUGGGGCUCCAGUUGAUUCAAAGCUGGCCGAUAUAGUUGUAUUAGAAUAUGAGGCAGCUUCAAGAAAUGAAGUGUAUCUCCAAGAUAAAGAAGAAGUGUACAAAAGUGCAUCUGCUCCCAAAGAGUAUUUUGCUCAAACUGAAAUAAGUGGACAAAGUUUACCCAUAACUUCUGAAGUUUUAGCCCAGGAUUCUGCAGAUUAUCUUGAAAGAAAACCAUUAAAAGCGGAGAAGGCCAAAACAGACCAGCCUACGGUGGAAGGUUUAAUUAUAGUUCAGUCAGAACUUAUAGAAAAAGAAGGGGACUUGUCCCAAAAUAUUUUGCCGGAGUCCAAAACUGCUAACAUCCAAAUGGCUGACCAAGUUACGGGUAUUUCAGUUGUAGACGUGGUUCCACAUGAAAUGGAAGCUGACCUUCAGUUGCAUGCAGCACCAAAACCCAUUAACGCUGAGCCUUCUUAUCCUUCUAGAGAAGUUGCGGUUCAGAGUGUGGUAUUUCCUGGGCAUUGCUCUGAAGAAAUGCCUGAGGAAAUGCGAAUUACAGGAAAAGCAAAACCAAUGAGUCAACCAUUUAGUGAACUUGUGAUUACAGAAACAGCCGUAGGGGAAGCAUCAAACGAACUUCCUAAGGACAUUCAACCAAGUUCCCACUCUGCACAAAUUCUUCUCAGUACGAACGAAAGCAUAACAUUAACUGAGGUUGUAUUAGACUCAAAGGAGUCAGACCUGGCCGCCGAUAUAACGCCCAUGCAUCGAACGGCGUCCUUUGAUUUGUCCGCCCAUGAAGUGGCUCAAAAAGAGGAGACCAUUCUUGACCAGAAACUAGGAGAGUGGCAAAGGUUGUCUCCAGUAAAAGAAACUGCGUCUCCUGGGCAAGAUGGUCUGCAGAUUGCAGUUCUCACUCAAACAUCGACGGGUGAAAAGGAGGGAGAGUAUUCAGCAGCAGCUGUGCCAUUUAAACAUACAGCUGAGGUACUUUAUGAAGACGCUGCUCAAGUUGUGUCUAUAAAAGAAACGUGUCCCGAAGAUCGGGAAGACGUUCUGAAGCCAGCAGAAACUCCAAAGGCUUAUGUUGCUACUCCAGACGUAUUUUCGCGAGCUGUUGCUGAAACAAAUGAAGUUAUUCCUAAUAUCCACGCGGGGGUAGUCAAGAGUGAAGUCCCCGCGUUUGUGCAAGCUAAGCAGGAGCAACUUUCUUUACAAACAGUAACAGUAUAUGAGACAGAAACAAAUGAAACAGAAGGCGCCUACCAUGUAGAAAGCAAGCCAGAAACAAAGGUCGCGUCAUCGGCAUACGAAGAGGAACGGGGAAUUUCAGUUACUGAAAUAACUACUCAAGAAAAGGAAAGCCCGUUUUCUACACUUGAAACACCAUUGCUACGAGCAUCUGUGCCUGAAAUGCAUGGCCACGAAAUUGCACAAAGUUCAGAAGUUGUUCCUGUUGCUUCUGUGGAAAAUUUACUAGUUUCUUCUCCAGUUUCUGUUCAUGCAAACGUAGACCAAUUAGUCCUUCGAAGUGUUGAGGCAAUGGAGACUGCUGUAGCAGAAAAGGAAAGCCGUCUUGUUGACAGUACUCUUCCUGACGCAAAAUUAGCUGACGUUUCGUAUUCUGAAGAUUCAUCUGUGGUUGUAACGGAGACAUUUUCUCAUGACAGGGAAACUGAUUUGGAUCAAAUUGCGGCUCCUGAUCAAAAGUUUGCCCAAACAAAUGUAAGCGGCCGCGAAGUAGCGACGAAUUUGCAGGUUGUUGCGGAAACAAGUGUUUCUGAGAUUCCAAUAGCAGAAAAUCGGUUUGAGCACGCUUUUCCAGAUCAGAUUCCACAUCAAUCGAUAGUGCAAUCCGUGACAGCAGCUGAAGAGCAGGAGGCGCAUUUUGAAAGUCACCGAUCUUUCGACACAAAAACGGCUUCGGCAGUUUUCCAAGAGCAAACAAGCGUCAGCGUAAUAGAAAUUAUUGUUGACAACAAAGAAUGCACUCUUUUACCAGGAGAAUCACCCAUGGGAAAGCAAGCUGAUUUGAAUGUGGUUACGCAAGAAAUUGCUGUUAAAAGUGAGAUAGAUAGUCACUUAUGUUUGGGAAACGUCAAAGACGAUGUUCCUCAACAAGCUCAGGCUUUUUCACAGCAUCUUCCGUUUGAAAGUAUACAGCAAACAGAGCCCGUUAUUCAGGAAACAGAAGUUGACUCCGACUUUAAAAAUUUGCAACCUAAAAAAUUAGCGUCGAUUCUCCUAGAUGAAAUGGCCAGUAUUCAGGUCGCGUCAGUUGAUGUCGGUGAAAAAGAAUCGGCAUUUGAAUUAUCACUUCAACCAAAAGAGCAGGUAGCUGUCCCAGAUAUAUCUGGCAAGGAAGCAGCGUCUCAGUACCUUAUUACUGCGGAAUCAUCUGCGGGUCCUUUUAAGACGGACAAGCCAUCCACGAGUACAGCAACUUCUGAACAAGUUCCUUUGGAACACUUGUCCACCACCAUAACAUCAACAUCUGAAAAGGAAUCGAACUUUGUCGAUACCAUAAUAGAUCACCGUCACGCUGAAAUGGAUUUUGAAGCAGGCAAAACUGUUGAAGUUUCAGAAGUCACACUUGCUGAAAAGGAAACCAAGUAUGUCUCUCCAGAAAUUCCGAAAAGCAGAAAUGCACAAUCGGUACUGACCGAGACUAAAGAAGUGGCUGAAAAUAUGCAAAUUUUGCCUGAAUUGGGUCUUGCAGAAUUUUCUUGUGAAGGAUUGAAAAAGGAUCAUGCAUCUUCUGGACAGGAUACACUACAGGGUGUUCUCAUUUCUCAAGAGCAAGUACAUGAGAAUGAAGUUGAAUUUUCUGGCAAAUUUAGUCCUGUGGUAAAACAUGCUGCAGUAUUCGUUGAGGAGGGAAAGGCAGUGAAUGUAGUGUCCCUUGUAGAAACUAUCGAUAAAGAGUUAUCCUUAAAUUCAUUAGAAACUCCUGCAGAAAAGAAAGCGGCUCUUGACGUGUCUGUCCAUGAAAUCGCACAAACUUCUCAGGUCAUGACUGGCAUGUGUUUAGGAGACCUAACGCCCGAAGAUGUUCCAAAAGGAAUAGCAACGUUGGACCAGCUGGCGCUCCAGAGUAUUCAAACGAUAGAAACAGUACUGACUGAAAAGGAGUCUGAAUUUACGGACUUUUUAAGAACAGUUGUUUCUGCGGCAGAACCCAUACUUGAAGAACAAAGAGGAUUGCAAAUUUCUGAAGUUACAGUUGAUGACAAAGAGUCAACCUAUGAAUUACCUGAAGUACCGUUGCAUAGAAAGGCACACCCAGACGUGUCCGCGAAAGAAGCUGCUGAAAUAACAACGGUACUGACCCAACAAAGCGUUGACAAUUUAACACCAUCAAUUCCAAGUUUAGCCAGUGCCAAGCCUUCGCAAUCUACUUUCGAAGGUCUUCAGAGAACGGAGCCUGUUAUUGCGGAACAAGAACUGACAUUUGAAAAGAAUGUCGUUAGGCCUGAGACAAGUGCAAGCAUUACCUUAGAAGAAUGCGGGGGCUUAACGGUGUCAGUUGUGGACAGCCAUGAAAAGGAGGGUGCUAUGCCUGAGUCACAAAUGCCAAGUACCAAACGAGCAGUUGCAGAUAUAGGCUUAAAAGAAGUAGCGGAGUCUUUUGAAGUACGACCUGGUUACGCACCAGGAGAAAUUGAAACAAAACCAACAAAAAAAGGGACGGCCACUGUUCAACAGAGUUUGUUGGAAUCAAUUUUGCAGCAAGAAACAUUUGUGCAGGAAACAGAAAACACACUAGACAAAGAUAGUUCGCCUGCUGCGAAAAAUGCCAUUAUUCAUCUAGACGAGCAACCUGCCGUUAGAGUGAGUCAAGUUUAUAGUGAAGAUAAAAUUGAAUCUUUUGAAUCCCCCAAUGUGCCAAAAGGACAAAAGGCCAUAUCAGACGUUGUCAGUCAGGAAGGUAUUGUGACAACUGUUGUGGAUAGUCAGAUGCAUUCUGUGCAAAAAGACGAACCUUUUGUCUUGCAAUAUGAAAAGGCUCAUCAUGGUCAAGAACCAAAGGAAGCAAUAACAAUCACUGAGGGAAUAAUCCAAGAAAAAGAAGGGAAAAUGCAAGAAAAAAUAACGCCAUCCGCAAAAACGGCUGAUUUGCAAAUAGAUGGACAAACAUCAGCUACAAUCUCUGAAACAGUCGUGCAAGAGAAAGAGGAAGACAGAAAAGCAGAAGCGCGACCAAUCAGAGCAGUUGCUCACAUGGAUAUCUUGGGUCAAGAGAUUGCUGACAAACUUGAAGUUUUGACAGAAUACGCCAUUGACAACUUGGAAACUCAUAAACGCUCUGAAGCAACUGCCGUUAACGCACAGUCAACUGUAGAAGCCGUACUUCAAUCACAAGCUUUACUUCACGAAAAAGAAACGGAUUUGCCAGAAGAAUUUGAGAUGACCUCCAAAAACGCAAACGUGAUUAUCCAGGACACCCAGUCAGCAGCUAUUGCAUCCCAAGUCAUUCCAGACGACAAAGAAGGUAUGUGUAUUUCAGACGAAACACCACAAUUGCAAAAGGCAAAAAUAGACUUGUUAAGUCGAGAAACUGCAGAAAACACGCUUGUUUUCUCUAUACAAACCGCAUCAAAUAUGCCUCAAAGUUUUGCUCCUUCUCAAAAACAUGCAUUACAUCAACAGUCGACUUUUGAGUCAGUAACACAAAUUGAAACCCCAAUCCACGAGUGCGAAGAGAUCCUAAAACAAAAACAAAAGCCAGACGAGAUGAAAGCAAGUUUCCAAUUCGAGACAGGAAAAAGCAUAACAGUUACAGAGGUCGUGACCGAAGACAAAGAAGGAUUUGUAGCAGGUACUGAACCAAAACAGGAAAUAGCUCGCCCAGAUGUGUGUGAACAAGAGACAGCACAACAAUCCAUGACAAUUCCUGAAAUGAACAUCACGCCGCUGUCAACAAAUUAUCCAGAACUUUCGAGGGCAAAAACAACAUUACCUGUAGCUGCUCAUGGAAUAAUUGUAACAGAACACAGCAAUGCUGGUGAAGUUGAGAAUUAUCUGCCAUCUCUAGUUAAACCUUCAUCCAAAAACAUCCAAAUUACCCUUGAGGAGCACGAGUCCAAUAUAAUCGUCACUGAGGUGCAAGAUGAGCGCCGCGAAGAACUGCUAGAAGACACCCAACCAACAAAACAACACCAUGCAACAGAAAAAGAUAUAUCAACAGAACUUGAAACACCGGACAACAUAAAAGCCACUGGUAACGUCACCCCAAUUCCAUCCACAGAGCAUAGUAGACUGGUUGCAGCCGAGAAGGUCCCAUUAGAGUUGCAACAAAAAGAAGAAGACAAAACUACUGUACUGGAUGAAAAAAGGCCACAAGAACAGACAACCUCAGUAGAAAUCACGUCGCCCGUUGUCCCAAAGGUAACUGCAGAAGACGUUACGAUUGAAGAGCGUGAAGGAAAGCCAAAGAAAAGAAAGAGUCCUAAGGAGAACCGGGAAGUGCUGAAAGACGUGAAAACGAACGGAGAAAAGAUUUCUGAUACAAAAAAACUACAACCUAUCAAACUUGAGCGCAAGGAAAUUAAGGCUCAGAAACCACUUGUCACUGAGCCAGAACAGCCACAAUUUGCCACGGUUAAGCUAAAAAAGGCUCCAUUGCAGAAAAAAGACCAGCCAAAACGGGUGUCAUUUUCAGUCCCGAAAUUAAAAAGUAGAAUUCGAUUUGUUGACUUUCCACCUGAGACUCAAAAAGAACAGAAACCUAUCGUCACGUAUCUUGGAUCCAAACUUGACCAAGGCAUUCUUUCCCGCAAUGCUCGAGAAGCUUUAAAAGUUUUGAAAUCAAAACCUGUUAAAGUCGAGUUGCCGGAAGACCUUGAAAGACCGGUUUUAGAAAAAGUUCAAUUUGAUAAAGACGAUAUUCAGGAGGUACAACAAGCAAAGCUAGAAGAUACGUGGUCACCAGAGCCAAAGGUAGGAAAACCAAGUGAUGAACCAACGCCAAAAAAGCUAAAAAUUGGCAAAGGAAAAAUUCCAGUUGCUGAUGAGCUUGAAGAAAAAGUAACCCUCAAGAAAAUUCCAACUAAACCAACUGAAAAUGAACCAGAAGAGGUUAUUCCCAUGAAAGAUGUUAAGCCCACAACUUCCGAUGAAACAAAAGCCCCUGAAGACGAAGAACUGACCAUGGGGCCUAUACCAAGAAUCUCACCGGUCCCCAGCGGAUUUGAAGACGAAAUGCCUGCACCCGAAGAAACCCCAGAACUACCAGAUAAGCAGAAAACACUUGAACCAAAAGCACGACAACGCAAGAAAAAACCUAGCAAGACACCGGAAACAGAGGAGACCCUGUUAAAGAAAGGCACUCCAAAGACAGUGUUACCUGAGCAGCCGGAUGAUAUAACACUUAAAAAGAAACAAGGAGUGCCUACACCAGAAGAGCCUGAAGAAAUCAAACUAAAGCCAUGGACAAAAGAAAAGCCAGAGGAAGAGAAAAAGCCAAAAGACAUUGAUGUAGGUGUUCCGCUGCCAUUUGACUCCGAACGACCUGAAGAAGAUUUAAGUCCAAAACAGUUUGAAAUGGUAGACAAAGAGAAAGGAAAGAAGAAAAAAGUUCUUAGAAAGAAAUCAAUACAAACGCCUCUCAAUGAAGAGAUUCCACAGGAGAGUUUUGAAGUAACAGAAAACCUACAAGAAACGCCUUUGGAAAAAGAAACGCCAAGAAUCACAGAAGAAAAGCCAUUAGUACUGAACAAGGCCUCGCUGGAGGAUAAGGUUGUCCCAGAAACGGUGUCAGAGGAAACAGUGGCACCUGAUGACAUACCUAAGAAAGUAAAACGUACAAAACAAAAACCAAAGACCGCAGAAGAAGAAACACCCUUAGAAACACCACAAGAGACAAAUGAGGAAACAUCGGACAAACCGGUGCAGGAAGAAAGGCCCGAGACAACGACAAAACCGGAAAAGGCAACGGAAAAGAAAACAAAGCGCAAAAAGUCAGUACCCCUUGAAAUAAUUGAGACACCAAAAGAGGAAACAGUACUUGAUGAAUCUGCCCACAUUCCCGAGAAAACUGAACCCCAGGAAGAAGAUUCAAAAGUUAUAAUUGAGUCGAAACCGGAGGUAGAAGAGACAGCUUCCAACGACACGACACUGCAGAAGAAAACUGUCAAAAAGAAGAAAAAGGUGCCAAAGCCAGAUGAAAAGCCUGACAUUGUCCUCGAUGUUGAUUUAGACGAAGAAAUCGAGAGACCGGUUCUGGAAAAAUACGAACCCACCCCAUUUGUCCCUAAAAAGAAACAGGUUGAACAGGAAAAGAAAGAAAAGCUGAAAGGACUGGAAAAACAAACCAUUGUGCGAACAGACGUGACAACGCCUAAAAAGGUACAGGUGGUUCCGGUCGAUGAAGUGCCCCAGUUAGCUACAAUCAAGCUUAAAAAGGCAACUCCAGUUAAGCGUGACGAUAGAAGGUCGGUUUCGUUGCCCAAGUUCCUCCUGAAAAGUCGAAUCACGCGGGUUCCCUACCCACCAGAAGAACAUAUUCCUGUGAUCACAAACAUUGGUGCCAAGCGAGAUGCGGGUGUUCUAUCCCGAAAUGCUGAAGAGGCAAUGAAGGUUCUCAAGAAAAAGCGAAAGAAGGUCAAACUGCCAGAAGAUGGGGAUCGUCCGGAACUAGAAGAGUAUGUGCCUUUUGAAGAUGAAGAAGGUCCCACAAAACCAGAUGAGGAAUUAGAACCAAAGCCACGCGACGAGAAGCCUCAGAAACCAGAGGAAGAAGCUCCUGCACCAACUAAGCUAGAGCUGAAAAAGGGAACGGUUCCAGAAACGGAUGAAAAACCGGAGGAUGUGAAGCUCCGAAAGAUUCCUGAAAAGCCCGCAGAGCCAGAAGCACCUACAGAAAAGAAACCAAAGAGAAGCAGUAAGGAUGAAGAAAAGACAAAGCCAACAAAAGAAGAAGAAACGGUAGAUCUGAAACCAUAUGAGCCUUACGAUAUUCCUCAAGAGGAGGUCGAGUUGGAAACACCGGAGAAAAUGCCGUUUGAAAAACCAGAAAAAGAGGUUGUUCCCGAAAUCAAGCCCAAGAGAGUCAAGCCGGACAAGAAAAAACCCGAGCCAGAAGUAAUUGAAUCCAUUCUUGUUCCUGGAGUGCCCAAGCCAAAGCCAGACGAAGAACCAGAAGACGUCAAAUUUAAAAUUAAACAGGGGCCUGUACCGGAAGAUAAACCAGAAGAGAUCAAACUCAAACCAUUUACAAAAGAUAAACCUGCUCCAGAACCCGCAGAGGUUGAUUCCGGAAUUAAACUGGAACCCACUGAUCACACUGAAGAGGCCGAAGAUUUGGAAUUAAAGCCAGUCAAGGACAGGGACUCUAAGAAAAAACGAAAGAAGUCGGUCCCUGUUGACAAACCAGAUACAACAAAAACAGAUGAAGAACCGACAGAAACACAAGACGUUUCCCCACAAAAACAAGAUGAUUUGCAGGAUUCGAAGCCUGAACCAAGGUUGGUUCCCGAACAAAAAGAAACGGUAGUUGCAGAUGAUGUUCCAGUAUCCGACGUUUCUCGUGAUGACGGUCCAGAAGCAUUACCGGCUGAUUCCAAACCCGAUGCAGAAGAGACUCCAGCCGACGACACAACAUCAAAAAAGAAAAUUGUCAAAAAGAAGAAAAAGUUGCCCAAGCCGGAUGAUAAGCCUGACAUUGUCCUCGAUGUUGAUUUAGACGAAGAAAUCGAGAGACCGGUUCUGGAAAAAUACGAACCCACCCCAUUUGUCCCUAAAAAGAAACAGGUUGAACAGGAAAAGAAAGAAAAGCUGAAAGGACUGGAAAAACAAACCAUUGUACGAACAGACGUGACAACGCCUAAGAAGGUACAGGUGGUUCCAGUCGAUGAGGUGCCCCAGUUAGCUACAAUCAAGCUUAAAAAGGCAACUCCAGUUAAGCGUGACGAUAGAAGGUCCGUAUCGUUGCCCAAGUUCCUCCUGAAAAGUCGAAUCACGCGGGUUCCCUACCCACCAGAAGAACAUAUUCCUGUGAUCACAAACAUUGGUGCCAAGCGAGAUGCGGGUGUUCUAUCCCGAAAUGCUGAAGAGGCAAUGAAGGUUCUCAAGAAAAAGCGAAAGAAGGUCAAGCUGCCAGAAGAUGAGGAUCGUCCGGAACUAGAAGAGUAUGUGCCUUUUGAAGAUGAAGAAGGUCCCACAAAACCAGAUGAGGAAUUAGAACCAAAGCCACGCGACGAGAAGCCUCAGAAACCAGAAGAAGAAGCUCCUGCUCCAACUAAGCUAGAUCUGAAAAAGGGAACGGUUCCAGAAAUGGAUGAAAAACCGGAGGAUGUGAAGCUUCGAAAGAUUCCUGAAAAGCCCGCAGAGCCAGAAGCACCUACAGAAAAGAAACCAAAGAGAAGCAGUAAGGAUGAAGAAAAGACAAAGCCAACAAAAGAAGAAGAAACGGUAGAUCUGAAACCAUAUGAGCCUUACGAUAUUCCUCACGAGGAGGUUGAGUUGGAAACACCGGAGAAAAUGCCGUUUGAAAAACCAGAAAAAGAGGUUGUUCCCGAAAUCAAGCCCAAGAGAGUCAAGCCGGACAAGAAAAAACCCGAGCCAGAAGUAAUUGAAUCCAUUCUUGUUCCUGGAGUGCCCAAGCCAAAGCCAGACAAAGAACCAGAAGACGUCAAAUUUAAAAUUAAACAGGGGCCUGUACCGGAAGAUAAACCAGAAGAGAUCAAGCUCAAACCAUUUACAAAAGAUAAACCUGCUCCAGAACCCGCAGAGGUUGAUUCCGGAAUUAAACUGGAACCCACUGAUCACACUGAAGAGGCCGAAGAUUUGGAAUUAAAGCCAGUCAAGGACAGGGACUCUAAGAAAAAACGAAAGAAGUCGGUCCCUGUUGACAAACCAGAUACAACAAAAACAGAUGAAGAACCGACAGAAACACAAGACGUUUCCCCACAAAAACAAGAUGAUUUGCAGGAUUCGAAGCCUGAACCAAGGUUGGUUCCCGAACAAAAAGAAACGGUAGUUGCAGAUGAUGUUCCAGUAUCCGACGUUUCUCGUGAUGACGGUCCAGAAGCAUUACCGGCUGAUUCCAAACCCGAUGCAGAAGAGACUCCAGCCGACGACACAACAUCAAAAAAGAAAAUUGUCAAAAAGAAGAAAAAGUUGCCCAAGCCGGAUGAUAAGCCUGACAUUGUCCUCGAUGUUGAUUUAGACGAAGAAAUCGAGAGACCGGUUCUGGAAAAAUACGAACCCACCCCAUUUGUCCCUAAAAAGAAACAGGUUGAACAGGAAAAGAAAGAAAAGCUGAAAGGACUGGAAAAACAAACCAUUGUGCGAACAGACGUGACAACGCCUAAGAAGGUACAGGUGGUUCCAGUCGAUGAAGUGCCCCAGUUAGCUACAAUCAAGCUUAAAAAGGCAACUCCAGCUAAGCGUGACGAUAGAAGGUCCGUAUCGUUGCCCAAGUUCCUCCUGAAAAGUCGAAUCACGCGGGUUCCCUACCCACCAGAAGAACAUAUUCCUGUGAUCACAAACAUUGGUGCCAAGCGAGAUGCGGGUGUUCUAUCCCGAAAUGCUGAAGAGGCAAUGAAGGUUCUCAAGAAAAAGCGAAAGAAGGUCAAGCUGCCAGAAGAUGAGGAUCGUCCGGAACUAGAAGAGUAUGUGCCUUUUGAAGAUGAAGAAGGUCCCACAAAACCAGAUGAGGAAUUAGAACCAAAGCCUCGCAACGAGAAGCCUCAGAAACCAGAAGAAGAAGCCCCUGCUCCAACUAAGCUAGAGCUGAAAAAGGGAACGGUUCCAGAAAUGGAUGAAAAACCGGAGGAUGUGAAGCUUCGAAAGAUUCCUGAAAAGCCCGCAGAGCCAGAAGCACCUACAGAAAAGAAACCAAAGAGAAGCAGUAAGGAUGAAGAAAAGACAAAGCCAACAAAAGAAGAAGAAACGGUAGAUCUCAAACCAUUUGAGCCCUACGAUAUUCCUCACGAGGAGGUCGAGUUGGAAACACCGGAGAAAAUGCCGUUUGAAAAACCAGAAAAAGAGGUUGUUCCCGAAAUCAAGCCCAAGAGAGUCAAGCCGGACAAGAAAAAACCUGAGCCAGAAGUAAUUGAAUCCAUUCUUGUUCCUGGAGUGCCCAAGCCAAAGCCUGACGAGGAACCAGAAGAUAUCAAACUUAAAAUAAAACAAGGACCUGUACCCGACGACUCUCCAUCUGAGGUUUCUUUGAAACCUUUCCCGAAACCUGUUGCAGAUGAAGAGAAAGGCCCUGAAGAAUCGUUAACGCUUCCAAAGCCUGCCAGAAAAGUUGCUGAACCAGUUGACGAAGAAUCCGUUCAGGUAACCAUGAAGAAACGGAAGCCGAAACCAACUGUUGUUGACGAAGUUGCAGAAGAAGUAACCAUAAAGAAGGUAUUACCUGAAGAACCUACGGACGACAGGGAAGAGCCCGCAGAGUCAUUUACAAUCCAGAAAAAAACCCAACCACACGCAGAUGAAGCUCCUGACGCGUUAACUGUUCACAAAACAAUUCCGGAAGUACCUCAACCCGAAGAGGAUUUAACUCCAGCUAUUACUUUGAAGAGAAAAAAGUCAAAGCCUUCCGUUACCGAUGAUGAUGGAAUUACCAUAAAGGCACCCGAGGCUGAAAAGCCAAAAGAAGAGGGUGAAGUUGAGGAGAGGGUUGUUGUCAAAAAGAAGAAACAGAAAAAGCUAGCAGUUGAAGAACCUGCUGAAACUGUUUCCAUUAAAGUAAUCAAACCUGAGAAGCCGGAAGAGGAAGAAGUUCCCAGUGAAAGCCUGACUGUUACCAUGAAGCCUGAACGGCCUGUUGUUGAGGAAGCUGAGGAGACGGUAUCAGUUAAAAAGAGUAUUCCUGAACAACCUACGGAGAGUGACGAAACAGGCCAGACUUUGACUCUUAAGAAAAAACCAAAGAAACAGGAAGAGGAUGUUUCCGACGAUAUUACAGUAAAGAGAGUGGUCCCCGAUAAGCCAUCUGAAGAUGCCCACGCAGCUGAGGAAGUAACAAUAAAACAGAAGCCUAAAAAGGCUCCGGUUGUUGAAGAGGCGUCUGAAGAAAUCACAGUGAAAAAACCGGUUAUAGAAGAGCCGGAAGAAGUCGAGACCGUUAUAUUUAAACCUAAGACCACCAAAAAGAAGGAGGAUGUAGAGCAGGAGUUCAAAAUUCAAUUGCAACAAUACGAAGAAGAAGAGAUUUCUAUGUCAGGCAAGGUCCGUCUCAAAAAACCAAAACCGAUGACAUUUGCUGAAGAAACUGGAGCUGGUACAAUUCAAAUAACGCAAGAAGUUGAUGAUGAAAGCGGUCCAAUUAUUGAAGAAGUGAGUGACGACGAAGGUUUGCAGCCAGAAAAAAUUAGAGAAGAUUUUGAAAUUAAGUUGCGACGCCGGCCAUCUGAAAAGAGGUACAGCAUCCAAGACAUUGAAGAAGAAAUUCAGGUUGGCUUUAGAAAGGAGAAGAGGGAGUCUGUUGUGUACGAAGAGGAAUCGUUGGCAUUCAAACCAAAGCCUAAAAGACGACCUUCACAACCGACUGAGCAAACAGAGGAUGUAUCUCUUAGCAUCACAAAGGAAACCGAAGUACUCAAGGAAGAACCCGAAGGGGUAGUUCUGGCAGAUGGAGACCUCGUUUAUUCAAUUUGCUCCUACGUAGCAGAAAAUGAAGAUGCGAUGAAUUUAGUGGAAGGAGAGCGAGUAUAUAUUCUCGAGAGCCAUAAUUCAGACUGGUGGUUUGUGAGAAAAACAUUGACGGCAGAAAAGGGAUGGGUACCGGCAAAAAUACUGAAAGAUGAGGUGUCAUACACACACCACCUCACUCACACACUCCAUGAAAAGAUUGAUAAGCUGCCUGUAUUUGAAAAGCCUGCCCCGGGAGAAACAGCUUCUGCGCCGCGGUUUGUAGAAAAACUCCAGCCGCAGCAUGCUCCGGAUGGAGCCACGGUGCAGUUAGAGUGUCGUGUGGAAGGAAACCCUAAGCCCCAGAUCACUUGGUUCAGAGAAACGGCCAUCAUCAAGCCGUCAGCCGAUUUCCAAAUGUAUUACGAUGAAGACAACGUGGCCACGCUCAUUAUUCGCGAAGUCUUCCCAGAGGACGCUGGGUUCUUCACUUGUGUGGCUAAAAACAACGUUGGCUUUGCGUCCAGCACCACGGAGCUGUAUAUUGAGGCUCCUUUGUCCGACCACGGCUCUGACAUUACCGCUCCAUCCAGGAAGUCCAUGUCCAGGGAGUCGUCUCUCGCCGAUAUCCUUGAGGGUAUCCCACCGACUUUCUCCCGGAAACCCAAGGCCAAAUGCGUCCCUGUCGGGGAGGACGUCGACCUGGAGUGCAGACUUGUCGCUAUUCCGGAGCCAGACGUCACAUGGUUUUUCAACGGCAAGGAGAUCACCACGGACAAGAACGUGACAGUGUCUAUGGACUCUGACAUGCACUCAUACUCGAGCGUUGUGCGCAUCUCCAAGAUUACGCGCACCCAAGAGGGCACCUAUACGGUCGUGGCAAAGAACCGCGAGGGAGAAGCCAGCAUGACUAUCACCGUCAAGGUUCAGACAGGUGAGAAAGAAGCCCCGCAGAUCCUCGAGCCGCUCAGGAGUGUCACAAUUCGGGAGGGAGACAGCGCAGUGCUGAGCACCCAGAUUGUGGGCAACCCCAAACCCAAGGUGUCGUGGCACAAGGACGGCAAGGCGGCCCCUAAACUGCCCACCAAGGCCGACGGUGACACGUACACGCUCACGCUGAUACAGCCCAAGGCGUCCGACUCGGCGCAGUACACCGUCAAGGCUGCCAACGAGGUCGGCAAGUGCGAGACUAGCGCGACGCUCACUGUCGAAGCGCUUACCGACAAGAAGCCGCCCUUGCCGAGGAAGAAGUCUAUUGGCGGACAGUUAAAGGAAUUGCCACGACCGGAGCCACCGCUUUUCAUCGAGCGUUUCCAGGAGCUGAAGGUGAAGGAAAAAAGCACAAUCAAACUUGUGGCCAAGGUUACUGGAAACCCCACUCCACAAAUUACCUGGUUCAAGAAUAAUGAGCCACUUCAGCCGUCUCCCCGGGUAAAGGAAACAUUUGACGGUACAGUUGUUACCCUGCAAGUAAGUGGGGCAGAUUCAGAGCUGGAUUCUGGUGACUACAAGUGUUUGGCAAGCAAUCCAAGUGGUAAGGCUUCUCAUGGAGCCCGAGUAACAGUAGAUGUUGACAAAGUAACCUUCACACGAAAACUUCAGAAGUCUAUUACCGUAGAUGAACGUAGUUCAAUUAAAUUGGAAUGUGAAACAUCUCAUACCGUAUCUACUAAAUGGUAUCAUAAUGGAAAGGAGCUAAGCGGGAUGGACCAUAGAGAAAUUGUCCAAGAGAACAGAGUCCAUCGUUUAAUAAUCAAGCAGACCAAAGCUGUGGAUGCUGGUACUUAUGCAUGCAAAGUCAAAGACCAGUCAACUGAAUGUACAGUUUCAGUUAGUGAAUCAAAGGCAGAGUUUGUGCGUAAGGUUGAGGACAUAGAGGUGACAGAGCGUGAAGUUGCUGUUCUUGAAGUAGAAGUAUCAUCAGAUACAGCUGAAGUUACAUGGCACAAGGAUGGGGAACAGUUGAAAGAAGCCAAAGAGAAAGUGCUGUUUGAAAAGAAAGGAGGCAUUCGGCGGCUCCUUAUUCGUAGUACUUCUGUGCAUGAUGAAGGUGAAUACACCUGUUCGCUUGGAGAUCAAGAAUGCUCAGCGGAAGUCACUGUCAUUGAACUGCCACCUGAAAUCAUCACAAAACUAAGAGACACAACUGUACCUAAAGGAGACAAAGCUACUUUAGAAAUAGAGCUGACCAAGGGGGAUGCUCUUGUGAAGUGGUUUAAAGAUGGAAAGGAACUUCAGUUCUCAGAGCACAUUCAGUUAGCCAUUGAUGGCAAACGCCAGAAGCUGAAAAUAUAUAAUGCUGAGCUUUCAGAUGCAGGUGUUUUCUCCUGUCAGGUUGGAGAUCAAACUUCAAGUGCAUCAUUGACUGUAACAGCCAUUCCAAUUAUUGAGGUACCUAAGAAUGAGUACAAGGUAAAGAAGGGUAAUGAUGUGACUAUGGAGGUGAAAUUUGUUUCAACACCACCUCCAACAGAUGAGUGGUCUGUGAAUGGAACUGUAAUUAAAAAAUCUAAAAAGGCCAUUCCGUCUAUAAGUGAAAGUUCAGCCAGCCUCACAAUUAAGAAAGUGGAGGAAAGUGAUGUUGGCAAUUACAAGAUCAAGCUGAAAAAUACAAGUGGAGAGGCGUCAGCAGAUCUCACAUUAAUUCUUAUUGAACCACCAGGUGCGCCAGGUACACCUGAUGUUCUGGAGGUGACCAAUGACACCAUCACAUUACAUUGGAAAGUUCCUGAAUCUGAUGGCAACUCUCCAAUCCUCGAGUACAUUUUGGAAUACCAUGCUAAAGGAGAGUUCACAUGGAAUAAUGCUUGCAAAGAUACCCGGAUCACUGAAACCACCCAUAAAAUUUCAAAGUUGACCACCAACGCUGAGUUAACAUUCCGAGUGCUGGCGGUGAAUGAGGCUGGACCUGGAGAACCAUCCCCAGCGACUCGCUUCAUUCGUAUCACCAAAUCAGGUGCAGCAGAGCCUCCUGUAGUUAUGGAGCCCCUUAAGGACACCACUGUUGGCCUUGGUCAGCCUGCUACACUACAAUGUGUGAUCAGCGGCACUCCUGCUCCUGAUAUCAAAUGGCUUAAGAAUGGUACUGUUAUCAAAGAAAAGACAAUGAAAUAUGAAGACCAUGUUGCUAAGUACACUAUCAAUCAGUCAACUGAAAAGAGUGUGGGCAAGUAUACUUGUCAAGCAAAGAAUGAAGCUGGAUCUGUUGAGACUAGUUGCGAUCUCAGUGUACAAGAUGUCCCCACAAUAGAAAUUGAGGAGGCCUUACUCAACCAACGCCUCCCUGUGAAAGAGCAAUGGAAAGUUAAAGCUAGUUUCACAGGAUAUCCCAAACCUGAAGUGACUUGGAGCAAAAAUGAAAAGCAAAUUUCAUCAGAUAAAACUACUGUCAUUCAUACUGAUGAAAGUAGUUCAACUAUUGCAAUUUAUAGUGUGUUGCGAGAACAUUCAGCCAGAUACACAAUUACAGUCACUAACAGAGCUGGAUCUGCAAACAAAGACGUGGAACUAAGGGUUGUGGACAAACCAGGCAAGCCUCAGGGUCCUAUGGGAUUGAAGGAUGUCGAUAGUCAGUCUGUUACCCUUACUUGGAAGCCUCCUGUUGACGAUGGUGGCUUAGAACUUUCAAAGUAUUCAAUUGAAAAAUGUGAAACUAAGCGUAUGGUUUGGACCAAGGUUGCUGAUGUAGACAAAGAUGUUCAAUUGUAUUGUGUGCAAAAGCUUCAGGAAGACUCAGAAUACAUGUUCAGAGUCUUUGCUCAAAAUCCUGUUGGACUGUCAGAACCUCUUGAAAGUCCGCCAGUGACUCCAAGAAGUGCCUUUGAUAAACCAUCUGCUCCUCGAGGUCCAUUUGAAAUUUCAAGUAUGACUGAAACAUCCUUUACAUUGAAGUGGCAACCGCCAGAGAGUGAUGGUGGUUCACCAAUUUUGGAAUACAUUCUUGAAAGGCGUGAAGCUGGAAAGAAAGCAUGGCAGAAGGUUGGAACCACCUCUGGGGAAGUUACAUUCAUUGAUGUUCCUGGUCUGAAAGCGAAUACACCAUACAAUUUCCGUGUAACUGCAUCUAAUAUAGUUGGCAGUGGUCCUCCAUAUGCACCUGAGGAACCUAUCACAGCUGGAAAAAUGAUUAGCCAGCCGUCCAAAACAAGAGUACAAGUGGAGGAAGCUCCAAAUAAUGAAGAGGAAAUCCCAACUAUUACACUGCCAUCCCCUAAGCCUCGUCACAAGCCUUUGUCUUUUCCACCCACUCCUGCUCCACGCCCAUCUCUUGUAGUUCCAGGGGCAUCUAGAGAUACAGGAGUUCCCGCAAGUUUAUUGACUCCAGCUCUCAGUUCCCUCCCAGCCCGAUCGCCAUCACCCUCUUUCCCUCAAAGCUUCUCUCCAUCAGUCUCACCUAGGCCAUCCACCCCUGCUUUGAACCUUGACAGUUCAGAUGAACUCUCCCACUUGGUUCCACAUCAAAGGACUCUUUCUAUUGACUUCUCGGCAAGAAAGGCUUCCAGUGGAUCUUUGCUCACUUCAGAACAAGAGGCUCUGGCAGUAUCCCUUAGUCUCCCUGUCACAACUGAACUGUCACCUUCAUAUUUGGUGAUAGAGAAUCGGAAAGAUUCUUUUGCGUCUGAGUAUGAGGUCAAUAGGAAUAAAGCCCCCCCGGGUAAAUCUAUUGAUGCUUCAAAAUUAAAGAAUGUCACUGAAGAGGAUUUGAGAACCAUCCUUACCUUUUUCCCUGUGAGUGGAUCUGGAUCAACUAAAGAAGCAUCACAGCCAGAAAAGCAGGAAAAGGAUGCUGUGGAAACAAUUAGCUCAAAAUCUAGUAAAGUCUGGCCUCCUGGUUCCUCAGAAAGCGUGACAGUACAGAAAUAUCAAAAGCCUAAAGACAUCAAACCGAGAGUGAAGCUUCCCCCUCGACCAAUGGUAUAUCUUCCUGUAAGGCCUAUCGUAUUAGAAGAGAAAAAGGCAUCCCCUUCGGCACCAACAAAUCUUACUGUGAUAGACAUAACUAGCCGCAGUGUAACGCUACAGUGGGGACCUCCAGAAAACCUCGGAGGCACUGAUCUUACAGGAUACAUUGUUGAGCGCCAGGAUGCAGGAAGCCAAAAAUGGGUUAAAAUGGCCACAUUGGAACCAAGCUGCACUCAGUAUUGCUGUGAAAACCUGAAGGAAAAGUCAGAGUUCACAUUCCGGGUCUUGGCUGAAAAUUCAGUAGGUCUGAGCCCACCAGCAUCAACAGAUCGAAUCCAAUUGAAAACUCAUGCAACUCCACCAUCUCCUCCAACUGCACCAUUGGAAAUACUGGCAGUUGGUCCUUAUGCAGUUGUUAUCGAAUGGGGUACGCCAGAAUCUGAUGGUGGCUCCCCAUUGACUGGAUAUACAAUUGCGAUCCGAGACACAAGAAAAACCAUGUGGAUGGAAGUUGGGCGUGUCAAGGCUGAUGUGCAAAAAUUGAACAUCAAAGAUCUCCAAGAAAAUCAUGAAUAUCUUAUUCGCAUCUUUGCUGUAAAUGAAGUAGGGUCUAGUGAACCCUUGGAGUCCGAAGAACCCUUCAAGGUUUUAAAACCAUCUGAUUUGGAUGCAGCUGAUUAUGAGCGUGCUGAAGCUACUGAUAAAGAUACACCAUCAGUCAGUUUCAGUACAGAAACUACAACAUCAUGGAUGCGUGAGAACAACAUGGACGCAGAUAUUGAAACCUAUGCCAAAGGGUCCUUACUUCAAAAAGAUGAAUAUUUCUUCAAAAUAUGGUGCUAUGCUAAAAAGCUCUUCAAGUAGGCAAUUGCUACCUCUGCUAACAUCUCAAUAUGUCAAGUUCUUUACCUCGCCGAGUACGAAUUAUUAAAUGACUUAAUAGCAAUCCCUGAGCCAUUUUGUCAUCUAAUUUUUCUGAUGCUGGGUAAAGGCACUGAACCAUUGGUUCAGUAGUCAGUUCAAGAUGUUCACUGCAGCAAAGCCACAUAGGUGGUCAUAUUCCUAUGAUUUGUGUUGCAAAAGAUGUUAUUUAAGUCAGUAUAAGCCAUUUGCCUGUUUAUUGAGCUCUUUUAAAACCAUACUUUAUGAUUUAAGCCGUAUAUUCCAAGAAAUAACUGAGUAUUAUUUUUGUUCCCUUCUCAUAUAUUAGGAGAAAUAUCCCACUUUUGUGGCUGUUGAAUGUACACAUUUGUACUUUCCACAUUUUUAAUUUCCUACUCUUUUGUAGAUUAUGUAAAAAUGUUGUCAGUGUGAAGCAUAAAACUGAAUAUGAUUCACAGAUCCACAAUGUAAAUGACCAUUUUAAUUAUCCUUAAUGGAGUUCUGUGAUACUAUUUAAUUUCCCUCAAAUUGUAACAUUUCUGGCUUCAAAAACAUAUUUACCUGCAUGCAUAAGUAUAUAUCGUACAUAUACAUAUAUAUAUAUAAAAUAUUCCUCAAAAAGCAGGCAUAUAAAAGAUUGUUACAUAAUUGAUGUUUUUCCUCAACACAAUGCACUAGCCCCUAUCCCAUUUUCUUGGUCUAUAGAGAGAGAGACAUAAAUAUAGGUGCCCCUUUUACAUCUAAUAAAUAUUGGAAUGUGACAAUAUCCUUGUAUUGUGUUGAGUGCGUGGAAUAAACGAAUGAAGCCAGAAA